GUUUCUGGAAAACAUCAAUGGGGAGAGUGGAUUUGCAUGUCCGGUCGUCUGUGCCAAUGGGCUCACUGGGAAGGCUGGGUUAGCGGGUGGAGCCGGAGGAAGCAGCCCAGUAAGUGCACAGUCAACAACCAAAGCAUCCGAGAUUACUACAGAGACACCAAUUCCACCGAAACCUCCCUGAAUCGUUGUUAGAAACCUUUCGAGUUAAAUUUUGUUUGCGUGUUUGUGUUUUUAUGUGUGUGAGUGUGUGUAUGUGUGUGCGCUGCGACCUGGUUGAUUUGCGGCUCCACAUCGCCUUCAUACAUCGCUUUCCCAGUGCGGAGGAGAAGGAUAUUGUGAAAUUGGCCGUUGCAGAUUAUUCUGGUGUAUAAUACUUUCCUGUCUGUCCGGGGUCCUGGAUUUACUCAGAGCCGGAGCGGGGAGCCGAUCAUCCGUCGUUCUCUUGGGUGAGUUCACUGUUCCUCCGUCCAAUCUGGCAUCCCUGUUUACUGACUCUUCCAGGGUUCGGCUAUUUAGAGCCCCGGCUGUAAAUGCCUCUAUAAUGAAUGAAUCCAGCACGGAGGGGAGCGGGGCCGGCUCUAAUGGUUCUAAUAUGACUGAUUUCUUUCAGUUUUUGGGUGAUUCUCGUGUUUGGAUAGAACUGCAGCUCUUAUGGAUCAGGAUCUCUCCAGCGGGCCCAUGUGUGUGAUAUGAAUGAAAUGUGGCAGCUUCAGUCUUUGAUAGCGGUCUCCAUCCCCAAUGCGUAAUGCAUCAGGGAAGGAAACAAGUAUAUGAAGUCAUCUGGUUGGGUGUUACAAGAAAACUACAAUUAUGAGCCUUAGUUUGAUCUUAGAUCCAGCCACGGUGCUGUAAACUAUCAGAGCAAAUAAUUACUUUAUUAGCUCAUUAUGGAGAAAUAUGGCUCAUUAUUAUAGCACUAAACACUCAGGUUAUAAACGUAACAUUUUAUUCAAGACAAGGGGUAAAUAAACAAGAGAUAAGGAAACAGCAUUUUUUCAUUUGACCAAUGUAAACCCAAAAUGAAAAAAAAAAAACCAGACAUAUUGGGCUGUUCUCAUUUUCUCGUUUCAUCUUUCAAACUGAAAACUACAAAUACACUGUUCAAAAAAUUGCCAUGUUUUGAUUAUAUCUAUUUCAAGUAUUUAAUUUGGUCUUCAGAAUGCAAACUAUCACUGUUUUGUGUUCUCGGGGCUUUUACUUUGAAAUGUCUCUAUUGACUUGUGAUACAGACCCAAUCUCUGCCUGAAGAUGUGUUCAAUUAGACUCUUAAAGUCCAAAAAUGCAGGAUGCCCCUCAGAUAUCUUAACCUCUUCCCAAGGUUAGAACUAGUGCUCAGGAACUUGGGGCGACUUCUGUAACUACUGAAUCCAAGGCGUCUGUUCCCACAUCAACAGCAAAAAUGCUGUAAUUUCAAUAAUUUUUAUAAGCAACUUCAUCUUGUUUUGUAGGAUUAAAUCACACCUUCAGUACUGAGCAGGUUCAGUCUCUGAACACGUUUUCAUGUUGCUGGAGUUGUUUUUUACUCACUCAUUAUUGGGGUUAAAAAAUGAUUAAAUUACACAAAAAAGUCUCAGAGGCAGUAUUGUAAGUACGACUUUUUGGCUGUUGAUGCAGGAAUUUUGACUUGAUAAAGUGUCGGGGUAAUUCUCAGGCUGGCAUAUAGGAAUUUCCAACUUCAAAAUCUAAUGCUACAAAUGAUGGUCACACAACACAGCAGCCAGAACAAACAUUUCAAAAUAAAGGCCCAGUGAAAAAAUGGAGCCAUUGACAGUACUCCACACUCUAAGUUGAAUACAUGAAGCGUUUUAUCCAAUUUUCUUCAAACCAAAAUGGCUCUAUGUUUUCAUGUUUUGGUUUGAAUCGUUCAAAGAAAAUGAGCUGUUUCUCAAUUCUUCUUUAUUUGUAUCCUGUUUAGAGUAAAAUUGCAUAUCCAUAGCCUACCUGAUCCUAAACACCUGCUACUAUGGAGCUGAGGUUAUUGCACCAUUAUUAUCAUUGGAAUAGGUAAUGAUUGGUGGUCAUAAAGAGUUGAUUAUUCAGUGAUUUCUGGCUGUGGGUUUUCCGCAUGUCUUCAGUUUGAAAAUAUCCCCCACUAUAUUCAUUAGUCUGCAGGAUUAUCUCUAUCUCACUCAGUUGCAUCAUGCGACCUUCAUUGCUGAGUGUUGUGCAUCCAUUUCAAACUCCUUUUCAUCAGUGUUACAAAAAAGGAGCUGCCGAAUCUGUGAUCACUCCCACGUCCCUUUGCUCCUCAGAAUAAGAGAAGGGAAAAACUGUGGCUUUCAGAUGACUUGGACACUGUGGUUGUGAUGCACACACUCCCCUCCAAACUUGGCACAUGCUGGCAUGUAUGGGCUCAGUUAAUGUAUGCAGCUCUAUUGUCUAAGGAGCUCCAUCUGUUCCAUGACAUGGCAUUCCUCAGACAGCCAGUCAUGCUGUUAGGGGGUGGUCUGCGCUGACCCACUGCCUAUGAAAAAACCUAGAGAGAGAGACAGAGCGAGAGAGAGAGAGAGAGAGAGAGAGUCACAUGGGGUAUAAAAAAGGCAGUAAGUGCAGGACUAAUGUGUAUUUGCGUACAAGCCCUGGACCACCUUCAAAGACAGCACCAGCCAAGGCUGGGGACGGACAUCAGGCCCAGAGCCAGGUUAUAAUAAUAGUUAAAUUUGGCCCAGCAUUAGGUCAGAUGACAGCUAGGUUUGGUUCAAAGCUGGGACCAGAGGAAUAUAAGGUUCAGUCAAGAGCUGAGGUGAGAAAAAAGACCAGUUUGAGCUAAAAUGGGGUGCCAAAAAAGAGACAAAUGUGGCCUUAAUAAUGAGCAGGAUCUGGAUUAACAGGUGGAGCUAGGGCUGGGAAUGAAGAUAGAACCAGUGGGGACUUGGUUUUCAUCCAAAGGUGGGGACACAGGAAAACAAGGUUUAGGUUUGGAGUUUGGGUCUGAGAAGCAAAGUUUGGGCCAAAACUUAAGGUCCAAGAAUGAACAAAUGGUGUCCUUGACUAUAAACUGGAUUAAGAAAGCAUGGGGCUGUGGCUGAGGUUACAAACAAGGCUGGUUGGGGCCUGAUUUUGGUACAGAGCUAGGGCUAGAGGAAAACCCAGUUUGGCUUAUAACUGGGGUGAGUUAAGGGCCACGCUGGGGCCAAAAGUUGGGGUCAGGGACUGGCCUAAUGUCAUCUGGGUUGUAAACAAGAUAAAGCGGGUUUCAUGUGCUGGGUAUGAUUUUAAAAAGGUCUGGAGAGGCUGGUUUGGAUUCUAGACUAGGGAGGUUUGGUUUGUUGCAUUGGCUUACAAACUAUAGCCAACAUCUGCCCCUGGAGUAGUCUAUUUUGAAAUUGGCAAGUGUCUCUUAAGCUGCCACAGUCAGACAGGGGUCUUUAUUUAUUUCAGCAAUUUUGAGAUAAUUGAGUAACAAUGCAACUAACUGAUUCAUGUUUUGGACAAAAACAAAGAGAGUACAGAUAUGUAAAUUCUCUAAAAAAAAAAAGAGGAGAGGGAGUUAGAGAAGUUUUAGGAGCGUUAAGGAGUUUGAUUGGAAGCUUUGGGAGGCCGCUAUGACACUCGUUUGAUUUGGUUUUAAGUUUAGAGAGAGUAGGGCUAGGAUUGGAUUACUCCGGGGUUCAGUGGAGGCAAAGGUUUGGUCUUGGGCUGGGGUUAAAGGACAGUCGUUGGUUGAGAUGUUGGACUAGGAAAAAGCCAAGGUUUCAUCAAAGUCAAAGGCCAAAAGAAGAUGAAGACUGGUCUCAGUCUUGGACUAGAAGAGGCCCUAGGGUUUUUUUGGACUGAGACUCAAGGAUGGCAAUGAAUUUGGUCUGUACAAAGCCUAGAUUUGGGCUAAAAGGUGAUGAGAAAUGGUUUAAUCAGGGAUCUACUGAAUACACUAAUGGUUGGUCUUGACCAGGGAUGAACGACCGACGAUGAUCCUUUGGCCAAGGGAGCAGAUCAGAGCUUGAAGCAGGUAGUAGAGGAUGGUGGGAGCUGGUUUAAAUUGAGAACUUGAUGAAGACCAGAGGUUUGGUUUUGGGCUCAAGUGUAGAGGAGUCACAAAUCUGUGAAAAUCUGGGGACUGAAGAAGCCUUGUGGUUGUGAAAAGAGAAAAGCUAAGUUUGAGAUGGAGAGGUGAAGUAUAUAAACCUUUUUCAAGGCUCUGCUGGAUAUAAAUGGGCUGUUAUGUUGCUAAUCACUGCUGCAAGUCAGACACAACUGAAACAUAAUUACAGCACAUCCAUCUACGCAGCAUUACACUCAGGAGUACACACACACACACACACACACACUUAUAUUCACACACACUCACACACUCCAUUUCCCCUCAGACCACUUCCCCCUUUCCACCACUCUGAUUGCUGCAUUAGGACGUGGCUGUCUUUUGUUGCGCUCACACGCACUCAUACACACACACACACACACACACACACACACACACGGGGGGAGGGUCGCUACAGCUGAGAUGAGCAUACAGGGGGGAUCAAAGGUCAUCCAGCUGGCCAAUCAGUGGGCUGUCUGGGCUGUCUGGGGGUGACGGAGGGCAUCACCCCCCCCUCUUUGUGCUGGUCAGGGUGGGUCCGCUAAACAAGCAGCUCCACUUCCAGGCCGACCCUGCUGCCGCUGCCGGCAAGCUCUACUCACUCAGAGUCAGAGUGUGAGACUGCAGGAUGUUCUGUUCAGAGGAAGGACAUCUUUAUGGAGGAUUUAUGACCUGAUAAGAAAUAAUGAGCCCUAAUGGAGAACAUACACAAGCACAAAUAGUCGUAUUUACAACUAGUGAUGUCUGUAGUAACUGUAUCUAUCUAGUGUUUUCAAUGAUGUGCAAAAUGACAGAAUCAUAUGUCACUUGUUUUGCAUCAAACAAUCAGAGCAUGUCUUGAGGAUCUGCAGAUUGUCUCGUCGAGUAGGACAGACCUGCUGCACAAACCACAUGCACUGUUCACACAAUACAACAAGCUAAGCUAGCGUAGCUGCCUGCAUGGCUGAAGUUAAAAAAAGAGUGAACAAACACAAACAGCACCAGCCUGAGGAUCAAAAUUAGACUUUGAGAACUAUGACAAGCUCCAAGAGUAGGCAGUCGACCAUGACCGACCAGUUAAAUACCAACGAAACAAACACACACGCAGAAUACUGUGGUAGUUUGAUCCAGAUUCUUGCUCCGAUGGUAUCAGUGUUUUUGUAAUUACUUUCUUAAGUAACUCAGUUUGAUGUUCAUGUGUCAGGCCUGUUUAUCCUAAAUACAUUUUUAUUAAUAUCAUGAACAUAUAGUAUACUAAAGAGUUAGCUAGGGACACAAGAAAAAAAAACAGGUGAGGAUCAUCCUCUCACUUUUUCUCCAGUUCAAAAAACAAACAAAAAAAUGAAGCACAAAGCUGUUUUCAAAAUUUAGGUGAACCCCCCCCCCCCCCCCAAAAAAAAAAAGAAAGAAAAAGAAAAAGAAACCAUUGAAGAAAUUUUAUUUUCAGGGAUUUAUUUCUUUAAAAAACAACAACAGUAUUAAUAAUAAUAAUCUGUCCAAGUUUAGAUAAUCAUAACAGUUAAUGGUGAAUAAUAUAAUUUAGAUGCUCUUUUUGCCAUAACUUCUUAUUACUGUCAAUUAUUACUCAUCUUUUUUUUCUUAUUUCCUCAUGAUUUUAUUUUGAAUUACAGUACAUACCCCUGUGUCCCAAGCCCCUCCUCCUUAAGGUUUUUUAUUUUCAUUUUAUUUAUUUAUUUAUUUUUAUUGCUAAGUAUAAAAAAGCAAAUUUCAUGUUUUUCAUUAACCUCAUAUUCAUAUGUAUUUUUUUUUUAACAAAAAUUGAAAACUUUAAAAGCAGCUCUAACCUCGAAUAUUUUGUUUUUGGUUAAAGUAAAAAAAUGAGAUGCCAAUCCUCAUCCUGCCUAUGUCUACUGUGUCAAGGAAAAAAAGACAGAAGCUGCAGAGGAAUAAGGAGAGACAGUAGUAAAACAGGCUACUGGAAAAGGGAGACAAGUAUGGUUUAAACAGAGGUGGCAAGUAUAGUGUGAAAAGAUGCUGUGAAGUAUUUGAGUCCUGUGGCUGUAACUUCUUUCCUUAUUGAAUGUGACUGAGUCAGUCUGUGCGGAACCUGCAACAUAGAAGAUGUACUCCUCCCUCAUACUAUCACACACACACACACACACACACACACACACACACACACACACACACACACACACACACACACACACUCACGUUCAUAUAUACACUCCCCACCCCUCUGUCUGUCUGAUGCCUAAGUGCCUCCAAUAUGUGCUGAGUGGAGUUAUCUGAUUUCUGCAGGCUAGUUAAAUGCAGCCACUCUUUUCCCUCAUCCACCUCCAUUAUUGCACACUCUAAUGGCGUGCUCACAGUGCAAAGACAGGCCUGUUGUCUCAUCUGCGUGUCUGUUUGUGUGCUUUUAUUGCCAUGUUUUAUGUUGAUCUGGAAUGAUGAAUGAUUGGAACAGUGGGUUUGAAGGCCUGUCUAGAGCACACUGAUGUGUGAAGGCAGUAAUUCGUUUUUUUUUUUUUUUUUUUUUUUUUUUUACACUAUGUGUUUGUCGAUGUGUGAAAGUGUGUGUGUCUGUGGGCCUGUUUCCCCGGCGAUCAGCAGUUUAUUUCUUUGCUUCAGUGGCGUUUUUCUUCGUAGAUAACAAGGAAAGUGGGAAUGGGUCUUUCUUGGCAGCCCUGGCUCCGAGUCGAGCGUUCAUUGCAACUAAUAACUGUCACUUUGAGUAGCUGGGGUCGCAUUUUUUGUCUCAUCACUUGAUUUAUGUUCCUGUGAUGACCUAUUUCAGCCUGUUUAGCUGUCGAGGCUGUGGUGUAACAGCCCAGAGAGAAUCAUGUGUGAGUAAAAACAACAAAAAAACACUCAAAAAGAAAAACAAGCCUUUGAACAGCACAUCCUCCCCUCAGGGUCUGGUUUGAUCCAUUCCUUUUCCAAGCUUUCAGCCACUGUUUGCUCGCCUUUGUCAAUUGUUUUCCCACGUUUGUCCCACAUUACACCCAGUUCCCUCAGUGAAUGUGUGAUUGAGAUUGCUUUUAAACCCACUCGUCCUACUGCCGUGUGAUCACACCUAUUUGCUGCCUUUUCAUCAGCGCUACAAAAUGUGUUAGCUGUAGGUGUGGCGAAAUAUCGAUACAGCAUUAUAUCAUCCUGACUCUCAAGAUUAUCAUUUCCCUUGACUAAAAUAUGUUUAUACAGCUCUAGAUAAAUGUUGCUUCUAUUAUGACACAGCAAACAAGAGCAUUUGCUUUUUUAGCUGUCAAAAAUACUUUAAACGUAUUUAUUUAAAGAAAUAAACCUUGCAUAACAACCAAACACAACCAUAUAAAAAUACCACGUAGAGAUUUUAGCACACCUGCAGGGUGACCAGGGGUACUUUGUAUACAUUUCUUUCCUACUAAAAGGAACCACAGAGCACUUGGCUUACAUUUAUUAACUUAAAAAAUCAAGCAGUGAACAUUUUUUUUCACAUUCAAAAAAGCAUCAGAAUGGCACUUUGUUACUUAAGUUCAUCAAAAAAGCAACAAGAGGCCAGUUUGUUUACAUCUGUUUACUAAAACAGCAAUCAUUGGGUUCUUAAUUUACAUUCAUUCAUCUAGAAAAUCAACCAGAUUUAUUAACAUGAAAAGCAGCAAAGUUGCACUAGUUUAUAUUAAAUUCCCAUUAAAAAGCAACUAGAGUGCACUUAACUACUGAUUAAAAAGCAACUAAAGGGAACUUUGUUUACAUAUAUGAACUUUAAAAAAGAAUCAGAGGGCACGUUGUAAUUAAAAAUUUGAAGGGCAUUUUUUAAAGUGAGUUUCACUGCGAGGGCUCAGAAAAGGAUGUUUUGUCAUUCUUGAUCUACUGAGGUAUUCAACAAGGUCCUUAAAUGGCAUCUUUUUCAGACAGCUGCUUUCAUGCAGGUGAUGGAAACCUUGUGUGUUUCAAGCUCUUUUGGUACUUGAUGCAGAUUAAAUGUAGUGAAUAACAACACCUUCCAGAAAACACUGAAGCUAAAUUAAAGCCCUUCAUGUAGCCAUGUGAGAAAACUUUAUUUAAAAAGAGUCUGAAGGCUUUAGACUUUGACAUGGCAAAAAUAACUCCUGCAUGCAGAGUCAGUGUUCAGUUUUUAAUCAGUCUGAGGAGGUACAUGACCCCAGAUGGCCUGUCUGCACUGACACAUCAGGGGAACACUGUCAUUGUUUGCCUCUAAUCUCGUGUUAUUUACAGUGUCUACAGCCUAUGUACAAUGACGUUCCCUCUGCUCUCUUGUCUCCUGUUAUCAUUCAAAGCCUGUAGCCUGCAGUGUGUGCAGCUCAGCUCUGGCCUCUCAGUGCAGAAAAAAAACCUCCCACUGUUUAAUAUGAAGCUGCUCACUCUGCUUCACUGUUUCAGAGUGACGCGUUAACGUCAGAGAGAAGACGAGUGAAAUCUUACAGAGCACAGUGGGACCUAUUCACUGUGCUAUGAGAAGAGUGGAGGGAGAAAGAAAGAGGGGUCGGCAGGGAGGGGGGGACGGACAACUGGGUAUGUAGUCAGAGACCCUGAGUCAGAGUGAAGGAUGGGGGACAGCUGACAGCAGUCUGUAGCUGAUGGAUGUCACAUGGAGGAAACAUGUUUAGGACUCAAGCUAUGUGUGUGUGUGUGUGUGUGUGUAUAUGUGUGUGUGUGUGUGUAUAUAUGUGUGUGUGUGUGUGUAUAUAUGUGUGUGUGUGUGGGGGGGGGGGGGGGGGGCCGAGGGGUCACGGUUAGGUUGAAUCAUUCGAGCAAAAUGGGAAGAGGUUCACCACUCUGUGAGAGACUGCGUGAGCUAACAGUUCAACGGUUUCAUUGAGAAUAAUGUUUCUAAGUGUCAAAUGUGAAAGAAUGAGUGGAUUUCAUCAUCUACAGAACAAAAUAUCAUUAAAAGAUUCAGUAAAUCUGGAGAAAUCUCUGUACCAAAGGGACAAGGACCAAAACCAAGACUCGAUAGUCCUGAUCUUCAGACCCUCAGGCAGCACUGCAUUAAAAACAGACAGGACUUUGUAGUGGAAAUCACUGCAUGGGCUCAGAAUCACUUCCACAAACCACAGUCUGUGAACACAGUUCAUCACUGAAACCACAAAGGCAUGUUAAAUCUGUGUCUUUCUUAUUCUGUGUCGAUCAUGUAGUUACAGUUAGUCAAGGAUUUAGAAGUACAGAUUUUUCAUGCCUUUUUUGUCGAUGAUUUCUCAUGUGAACAUCACAUUAUUUUGUUAUUUACCAACAACAUAUAUCAUUGGUAUGCAGAAUCUGAACAAAUUUUGAUUAAUUUAGACCGUAGAAGAAAACUUUUGAGAUAUAAUAAAAAGUAGAGCUCUGGGGUGGAUGCGUCCGUCUUCACUCUGAAGGAUCAAUGUUGGAUAAAACUCUCAGGUACUGUAGAUGUUUUUUUUAUAUAAGUGCUAGAGUACAAUAGGAAUCUGUCUAGACUGUUGACUUAACUCUCAUUUCCUCACCGCAGAUUCAUUAAAACUUUUAAAGCCUGAAAUGCUUCCUCUUCAACCCUAUUCUGUUAUAAAUCUUUCAGUCCUCCACUUCUAUUAGUUUUUUUUCCUCAUGAGAUCAUGCUCCUUGUGUUGUUUUCAUAAAAAUCACUAAGAAACAGGGAAAAUUACAUGGAAGAGGUCCUCAAAACAACAUCAGGACUUUCAAACACACUGCUGUCUAAAACAGUUUACCAGUCCUUGCUUUUAUUUAUCCUAAAGCAUAAAACUUGUGUUUUCUCUCUGGUUUUGGUCACAGUUUCCAGAGAAAACGCAGGAUUCCUGUGGGUUUUCUUUCCCAGGCUCCGACAGGUUCCUCUUGUUAACUUGAUGUAAGCUGGGUAAUAAAUGACAGGAGGAAAAUACCUUUUUGGGAGCAGCACGUGUUGUUUUCUGUGCAGACCAGUUUGUGGCUCCCCUCCUGCUACAGCCUUCUCAUAAAAUCGUAAAUGUGCCAGCGAGGCUUUUAGGUUUAUAAAAUAUUUUCACUGUUUACCACUGCUCUGACUCAUGGUUGCUAUGGUGAGAAGCUCUGAUAGCGACACAGUUUAUUAGGAGCAUCUGACUCCAUGACUGUACUCUCUUCCUGUUUCUCUGCAUCUUUUCUUCCUCUGUUGUUGCCUUUAAUAGCAUUUUAUUUUUCUUUGCCGCUCUUUGUGUCCCCUUUUUCAUGAGAGUUUUGCAGGUGCCACCGACUUUCAUCCUUUAUUUCUCUCCUCCUCCUCCUCUGCUCCCUCUCUUUCCUCCUGCACCGCUCAACAACCUUUAAUAUACUUCUUAUAGAUUAUCUUAUCGCAUCGUUGCCCUUCUCUCCUCUCCUCCUAACUCCUGCACUCCUCUCAGUCCCAGUCUUCUCUCUGUGGCGGCCAGCUGUGCACCAGAUGCGGUCUGCUCUCCCAGCUGUUGGCAUCAUGACCACGAAGAAGAGAAGACAGAGAUGGAAAUGAUUAUGCAUGAAAAACAAGGUGUUGUAAUCCUCGUAGCAGAGGUGCAAAAGAAAAAUAAAUCAAGAAGAGGGAAAGAGGGAAAAGAGAAAGACAAUGAACCAAACUGCAGCCUGGCACAGGAGGACGAAACAUUUUCCUACCAACUUGAUCUUUGAUCACAGAUUACAUUAUAUUUAAAGGGAUAGUUCAGUGUUUUUGAAGGGAGGUUGUAUGAUGUCACGAGUAAGUGAGUCAGCUCAGGUCCUAAAUUGAGAUGCUCUAGGGAGCGCCUAGCCAGGCUACAGUUUUCAGCAGGCAGGUUGACUCCCAAAACCCAAGAAGACAUCUCGGUUUAAGUGUGCACUCUACUGAGAGGUUUUUUAGCACUUUACCAAAGAGAAAACAGCUAAUGAAGCUUAAUGGGGAACUAAGUAGGAGCUACCAGCUGAACUCAGAUGUUUUCUAUAAAAGUGUUUCUGUCUGGUGACUUUUCAAAUACAAAGCUUCGUAAAUCCAAACACCCAUAAUCUUUGUCUUUAAAAAAUGGUGAAAAAUUAGCUUUUUAGGUUGAAUAGAGGUACCCCAAGCUGCAUUUACAGUUGUGUAAAAGCAGCUAAACAGAAGCAUUUCAGGCAGUGAAAAGUUCUGAAAUCAAGAUUUUUUAUAACAAGGAUGUUUCCUUACUACACGGCUGUGUAAAAGGUAACACAGCUAUAUUGUACUUAACUUUUUAAUUGUGGAAAAACAGCCAAAUCUAAGGCAUGAACAGUGCUGAAAUUAAGGCUAUCAAAGACACCAGUUCAAGACAAAUACAUAGUUUUUUGAGCUGCAAAUCAUGCAAAGCUGCUCUAUUGACGUCCCAGACUGAUGAAAUGACGGGGAUACAUUUGUAAAAUGGGUCAUUUUGGUCCCAAAGAGCCAAAAUCCUCUCUUACUAUUUGUUGGGGCUGAUAGAUUAGGCUGAGGCUGAAAGGUGAAUAUCCUCUGUGAGUGCUGAAGAGAUGGACAGAGCAGACAGGAGGAUGAAAGGAGGGAGAGGUGUCUUAUUUCACAGGCCAGCUGCAGUAAUGCAGAAAAAAAAACUGGAGUCACCGUGAAAAUAGGAACAACCGUGAAGAUGGUGGCGUUAGCAUUUAGAGUGGAUUGUUCCUGUCAGGGCUGCUUAGAUGCUGUGAAGAGAAAUACUUUGUGAAAAGGGCAAUAGGAAGUAACAUUUUGAUAGAUUGUAGGUCAUUACACCAUACUGUAGUAUGUAUGGCUAUAGAGCAGAACUGACUUGAAGACCAUCUCUCUACGCUGUGCUCUUUUUCUUCCCUAAUUUUUAACCGUCCUCUUCUUCUUUUGCCAAUUUCCUCUCAGCCCUCAGCCCUUUAAAAGCUUCUUCGUCUUUUCUAUUCUGCUUUUUAUCUUCCCCAGUCCUCUCCCUUUCCUCUCUAUACAUCAAUUUCUCCAUCCAUCUCUCUUUCCUCCCCUUUUUCUCUUUCUCUCUGGUCAGGGGAAGUGGCAGCCGCUGCCUGCUGGCUCCCAGAGGAACAGACCUGCCUUUGUCUGUCAGCACUGUAGGAAGAUGAGUAGCCGGUCCUCCCAGUCAGCCCAGCAAGACCAGCAGGGAUUCAGGGUUUGUUUGCUGCGAGGCCAGCCACCCAGAACGCCUGUAAAUCAACCAGCCACUCAGGCCAGAGCCUCCCCGCUCUGUAUGGCUGGAUACCCAGUCAGGUAUUAUGUCAGGCGCUCAUGGUUGUCGAAGAGAAUGGAUGGGAAAGCUGGGAGGAGACGGAACCAGACAGAGUGCAGACCUCACUUUCUCUGUUUUGCAAGCUUAACCAAAAUGUGAAAUGACUGAAUCCUGCACAGAUUUACUGCAAUUCAGAAACACCCACUCAGUUGGACUUAUUCCAUAGUAUGAAAUUAUUGCAGCCCAAUUUAUUACCUCAGUGCCGUAAAACCAUGAGUAAAUGCUGGGAAAUGCCAGUUUUACAAUAACACAUGGCAUUAUGGCACCCAAAUAGUAUCUGUUGUAACCUUUAUUGUUAUUUUCUGAUAUACAACCCCUGUUACAAAUAAGGUGGGACAACGUGGAACCAACGAGUCAAUAAAAUAGGAUAUGAUAGUUUGAACAUCUGUGAAGGCUCCAUUAAUGCUGAACAAUAUCUACAGGUUUAGGAGCAACAUCUGCUGACAUCCAGACAAAGACUUUUUCAGAGAAGACCUUCAUAUUUUAGCAAGACAAUGACAAACCUCAUUCUGACAACAGGGAUUACACCAGCAUGGCUCUGUAGUAGAAGAGUUCUGCUGAGGAACUGGACUGCCAUUUGGAGCAUCAUGACACAACAGAAAGACAAAGGAGACCCUGAACUGUUGAGCAGCUGAAAUCCUUUAUCAGGCAAGACUGGGACAGUGUUUCACUGUCCAAACUCCAGAAACUGGUCUCCUAGUUUCACUUACUCAUAUUGCUAAAAGAAAACCUGAGAACUUCUUUGGAACAUGUUGCUUCCAUCAAAUUUAAAAAGCACUCAUAUUUUUCCAUAAAAUAGAGCAAUAACAUAUUUCCUAUUAGGGAAAAUCUGAGAAGAAUUCAAUUGUAAAGCCUUUUUUGGAGGUGGCGACUAAAACAUCCAGUCACAUUGAUUUUUUUAUUAUAUUUCACAGCUAAAACCACUUUAUAUCAAUAUGAUCCUUUCUGAUAUCACUUUCACAGCUUCGACCACUCUCAGAAAUCACUCUACAAGCGUGAUGAAAUCUCAAACAGAGCCUCUCUCUCUUUUUUUUUGUUAUGUUUUAAUGGAUGAGGCUCCAGGCUCUUCAGGCUUCAACAAGCCCUAACAAGAAGAUCAAUAGAAAGUAUAAAGACUGUCCUCCCACGGGCCGCUCAGCUCUCGCCCCGGAUCACAGAGGAAUAUUGCGGAGAUGCCAAGGCGACACCCAGGCAGUGAGGAAAUGAUUUGAUGUAAUAGGGACACUACGCCGUGAUUAGAGGAGCCUUUCUCCUUCAUCUCUCACCCUGCAACACCGCCUCACCCCCUGUGAAGUGGAUAUGUCAGGGGAGGUGAGAGUGCAUCUACCAUUCUCUUUCAACCUCCAUCUUCCCUCACUACAUCCCUCCUUGUCUCCUACAGUAACAGUAGGGCUGUAUACGAGGAGACGAGGGCGGAUUGGGGGAGACGAUGUGCGAUAGUGAGAAGAAUAAAAAUAAACGGCUGCAGGGCUGGACAAGAGUCUGACUUCGUUCUUUUCUGGAUCGUCCUGCUGACCAGAUGGCUGCAUGAUUUGUGCAGGAAGAUCAGUCCAAGACACAUCAGACUCUGUGUGUGUAUGUGAGUGUGUUUUUGCAUGCUGUCCAUCCUGCGCUCCACAUAGGGAACAUGUUACUUCUCUUGCUCCACAUUCCUGAGACUCAGAGUAAAAUUCUCAACCCCCUUUAACCCCCCUCCCCUCCUCAGCUGUGGACCAGCUUUGAAGUUUUUUUCCCUCACACAUGCACGGACUCACAACAGCUCUUUUCCUCACAUGGAUUUUGUUUAUGUCCUUGAAGUCAGCUCCCACAUUUCACGUCACAGUCAGAUACUGUAUAGGAAACAUACUGCAGGCCUUUAGUUCUGCUGCCUCGUCAGCCUGUUUUUAUAAAGGAAAGUGAUGUAGCUGUGAGAGUCACCAGGAAUGAACUUUGAAAGAGUUUUGCUGCUUCUGUCUUCUUUUCCUCUCUUCUCGUCUCUCUGCAGACCUGUAUUGAUGGACAGAUUCUCAGAGCUCAGAGCAGAGCCUGUGAAGUGUAAAGCUGUUUUUGUAUCUCUGGUGCUGAAAUCUGAACAUGGUUUUGUACAAGUCCAACAAAGAUGAAAGGGCAUUAAAGUGUGUUAACCUCCAGUGUUGAAAAAAUGACAAAAACUGCAGUUCCUCUAGUGUCCACUCAAGGCUCCUCUCCCUGCAUCCCUUCCCCACCUGUGGCAGCCCGACAAUUUACUGUUGAACAGUGUCCACCAUUAAUCUUAGCAGGUGGUUAAACUCUCUCUGUCUGUGAAAUUAUGUGAUUUGCUGCAGAGACUGUGAGGAUUAUUUCUGAUCCAACUAAUGUUUCCUCAAACACCACAAUCUGUAGAUCCUUUAAACACCUUUAUCUUAAUGUAAAUCCUGAAGUGUGCCAUUCAUUUCUUGAUAAGAUGCUCAUAAAAAACCCUCCUGUUCAUGGAUUAUCAACACUUUUACAUCAUCACUCUGCUACAUCUUGCAUGGCUUUGUGCUUCUUUCACUCCCAGUUCUCCUCUCAAAUCCCUCAGAGCACAUCUGCAGUUUUUAAGUAAAAAAAAAAAGUCUUUUAAUGUGAAAGUGUUUGCCUGAGGGCUGCAGAUUUACAAAGUAAAGUUAGGAGAGAUUUGGUUCAGCCCCUUUAGUGUGCUGGGUGGGCUCCUCCUCCUUCUCCUCCCACGAGCACCAGCGACAUCCUUUCAGUUUGUGCUGUAUGAGACAUGAAACAGAAAUAUUAUGAAUAAGGAUGAUAAAGAAGUCACUCUCAUAUUUUCCUGUGAGAAGGCCUCUGACUAACAGGAUUUUCCUCCAAAAAAGGGUCUCUUUUCUUCAGUUUUACUCGACCUCUGCGUCUAUCCAGUCAGUAAUCAGAGUGUUUUAAUUUAUUAGAUCAUUAAGUGUUUUCCAGAAUGAACACUGGAGACCCUCUGUAUGUUUGUGAGUCCUAUAUCUCCCCCUCUGUAUGUGUGUGUGUGUGUGUGUGUGUGUGUGUGUGUGUGUGUGUGUGUGUGUGUGUGUGUGUGUGUGUGUGUGUGUGAAUCUCCACAUGGCUCUAUGUAGGUCUGUGUUAUCUAAUACAAUCUGUUGUUAUCUAAUAUUCACACUGAUGAUCCUCAAGGGGGGAACUGAGGAGAGGAGGAGAGCGAGGAAAGUGAGGAGGGGACUCAGCCUGCCGAUAAACAGAGCUGUUCCAGGAAGUCUCCUGACUCUAAAAGGGAAUCCUGCACUAAACAGAUUUAAUACAAACACAGGAAAGAUGCACAUGCUCGCUUAAGUAAAUGUUAUCACUCACAGUUAGUCCCUCACUGAGCUGCAGGCUUUUGAAUAUACUGGUCUCAUAUUUAAGAGUGACUUGAGUGGUGUAAGUGCGAGUCAAUCUUAAAUCUCUAAGACUUAAACAGGCAUGGUUAGGUCAUAAAAAAAACUAUUUAUAGUUCAAUGUCAUCUUUUUACCGUCUUAAUUCUCAAUUACUAUGCAUGUAAACAUGCAGACUGGCUAAACAGACUGGACCGUAGGGGUCAUUAGAGGUCAAACAUGCCAGAGUAUGUUAUACUGAUUAUCCAGAGUGUACAGACCCUUAAAGACAAAGCAGAUUUAAUCUUGGAUAACCUCUCCAAAAGUUAACCGCUGUCUAUUUCAACAGGGAGUCCAGGUCCAUUAUAAACAUGUCACAGGAAUAUACUUAUUUGACUGAUCCAUUGCUCCACUCCAGCUCCAGUUUGACUGUAAUGCCCGGUUUAAUAUCUGCUGUUGGUUUUCUGUGAGGCACAGAAGAAAUCAUGACGAUCAGAUCAAAAUUGUCAGCCGUUUUUUAUUAGAAUUUUCCAAGUUAGAUUAGCUGAAGUGAUUUCCCGAUUCAGUCUCUAUUUUGAAAAUGUUCUCCGUCUCCCAGAGCCUGAUUUCAUUUCUCUAGUUUCUCCGAGGCGGUUGGUUUUCUGGCCUUGGUUUGUCUCUCUGCUGUUUUAUUUUUUUCUGUUGUUUUUCCCAACACAGCAGAUUCACCUCAGCGGCUUCACAUGACAGAGUGAAAAACAAGAACAGAGCUGGAAUCAAUUACUCCGUGGACGCACUUGAUUUACUGUUGCUCUGAAUAAGCACUUCUGAACUGAUGCUGGCUGCAUCACAGGAGAUGACUCUUUUUGUAGUGAGAGUAAAUCAGCAGUGAUGGCGCUGAUCUGCCGUCAGGAUGCAGAUUAUAAUAGAGGAGGAGGAGGCGGUGAGAUCUGUGAGAAGGCCUCUGACUAACAGGAUAGGUGAGAACUUCUGAUGGGAUCAUGUGCUGUAUUGUUAAGGGACUACUUUUUAAGUAUUUCUUUACUUUGAUUGAAAUUGUUAUGAUUUGGUCUUUUUAUGGUCAGUUUAUCACAGAUUACCUUUAUUCUUGAGGGGCUGGACCUGGAUCGUCUCUGAAAAUACACCGAUCAACUCUGUGAGACAGAAAAGCUUCUGGCUGUUGCAGAAACACCUGAAAAUUAUUGCUGGAAAGAUGCCUGUCUCACAAAGUUAGUGGAUUUUAUGUUGCACCACUCUCUUCCUUGCUCAACGAUGUUCAGUUUUUGGGACUGAUUACGUCCCUCUGGGAGUCGUGCGAAGUGGAAGGCAUGGUUGGUUUGAGCUGGUUCUCAUCUGGUACUGGUUCCAGAUAAAUUCAUCCUCUUUAGUCUCCUUGAGCAUAAACUGGUUUCAGUGAUAGUGAUAAGAUAAAAACAGCCUCUACUGAAGGUUAUUUUCAGUCAUCAUCACUGUGAUGCAUGAGUCACAGGCUCUGAACCGUCCCGAUCUAUCCAGGGAUCCGCUCUCCGGUUUGAAGGCGUGUUGGAAGAUGUCUGGUUAAGAAUAGUUCCUCAUCUCUGGGGGAUUUCUCUGGGGCGUGGUGCUGGGUUUUACUCAGAGUGUCUCAACACUGUUAUGGAGCAAUCAGAGACUGAGCUCUCCUCCUCCUGACAGAUGGCUGUGUGAGGUUUCUGCAUCUCUGCUAACAUGCGGGUGAGGAUUCUGGAGGGACGGGGGAGGGGAAGUUUUAGGAGGUGGAGAAGUGUGGGGAGAGGUCAGCGGAGGCACAGCUGGUGAGACCCCCUCUCUAACCAGCUGCUGCCUCAAAAGGGCCCGUCAGCAGCCCGUUGCCUGCCUACAUUAGCCCCCCCUCAGCUCCUCCUUGGUCCUGUCCCCCCCUGCAGACUCAGCCCAGCUGUUCCAGGCUCUCUCCUCUUCCCCCCUGCCACUCUGACCCGCGAGGAUGACAGCAAGAAAAAUCCCCUCUGCAUUUACAAACAAGUGUGUGUGUGCCUGAAUGUGCACUUGGACACAUAACAGCAUAAACCGAGCCUGGGCCAGUCGGUAAUCCAAUAAGUCAUAUCAGAGGUGUCUAAGGAGUGCUGCUGUAUCCAUAAAGACUAUGUAAGGCCGGGGAGAAGGCGCCUGAGGCUGGAGCAAAUCCACCAGCUGGGUCUGGGCCUCAAGGAACGGACCCAUUCUCUGUAGUUAAUGCCAGGUCAAGAGUAGCAGCCAUGAGGCAAAGUCUCUGCAUCAGACUACAAUAUCACUUCGGGAGCAGUUUCUGAAUGUCAGAGGGAUAAACCAAGUUUGGAUGAAUCAUAGAAUAACAGUGCAUUAUUGGACAGCGACAGGUGGCGAGAUAAGAGAGAGGAGCAAGAGGAGGCAGGCGUGUGUCUGAAAAGCCAAAGGACAGAAUGAGCACAAUAAGAGAGAGUCUGUAGUGUUUAAGAGCAUGCACAUAUGCUAAUGGGCUAAAAAGAGACAUCAUUCAUGUAAAUAGGAUCUAAUGUUAUUCAGGCAGCUGUGCAGAGAGAAAUGCAAACCGCACCUCUUUAAGAAAAUGUUCAAGAGUCAGCACUCUUGUUGAGUUCACACCAUUUCUGAAAUGCAAACUCCUACAAAAAAAAAAAAAAAUGAGGCAAAAGAUUUAAAUAUGUGCAAUUGUGAUAAAUCAUCCUGACGGAUAACACAAAUUUCCCGCUGUAGAGAUCACCUACGCUGCUGUUUAUGAAUCGUAUUCAGUAUUUUUCGUCUGUUUUGUCUGUUUUUCUUCAUCCAUGAACACAAAAACUAGAACCCACAAGUUCAAAUCUGAACUCAGCCCACCCAGGCUGUUGCUCACCCCUCCUGGUUGCAGUGAGUGCCGGGCUGCCACACCCUCUCCCUCCCCCCCUCUCCCCAUCUCCCCCCCGGUGCUAUUGUUCCCUCGAUGACAAGGCCCACGUGCCCCCCUAUUCAGCUUCCUGGUGGGGGGUAGGCGGGCUCUUUGUCUGGCCGCCAUUGUCCCAGACACACGCUUCCAUUUGACGGACACACGUGCUGUCAAAAGAGAAAGGGAGCUGGGGAGGGGCCACCGCUGGCCAUUCUUCUCUGCGGUGGUGGCGGUGAAAAGACGAGACGCGUUGGCCAUCUGUGGUGCGUGUCUGUAAUCUGUAGUGACUGCACACACAUACACAUGCACACACACACUUACGCAGACACACACUUCUCUGUUUCUAAAAGGAUCCCUCUCCUUUGUCUCGCCACGCUUUUCAGGGGGCACAGCGCCCAUUGAGGUGGCUUCCCUUCAACGUUUGAUGGGUUUAGUUUGGCUUUCAGUGGGGUGAAGAGUGAGGACAGAGUGAGUGUCACAGAGGACGAUAUGCUCAGAGCGAGGCUGCUGCCUUUGAGAGAAAGUGGCCGAAGAAUAAUCUGUUUCCUCUCUUCUGAAAGUCAAAGUCAGCUUUGUUCACGGCCUGUUUUCAGCAACCGGCCUGAACACCAGUCCACUUGUCUUUCCCUCAUCCCUCUUUCUCUCUCUCUCUGGCCUUGGGUGACCCGCUGUGUUCGAGGGUCCUCACCUCAGCUCUGUUUACUCCUCUUCUUUACUAUCCUCCUCCUCUUCCUCCUCCCUGAGGUUAACAGCUGUUCCCAGAAGUGUGUAUAACUAACAUCAGGGAAGUUUCUGGAAGUCGCUGUGGGAGCUGGAUGAGCAAAAAAAUGCCCUGGCUUAUUGGUUGGAUUCCUUCUUCCUUUUUCCAGCUUUGAUUUUUCUGCAUGUAUUCACUUCCUUCUCUUUGUGCUUCUUAAAGAGUCCCAAUCUCUUCAGUCUGAUUUUUCAACACACCCACCUGAACGCUCAGGUUCUCUCCUUCUAUUCACCUCACUGCACCUCCUGCCCUGUUUGACCGACCCUGUCUCUGAAACUCCCUCAGGAACAGAUUCUUGUUUUUUCAUGGAAAUUAUGUACACUGAAAAUUUGACAUUCUUUGCGGAAAUCAUGGACACAUCAUCCUUUAGCUUAAAAGAGGAGAGGGACCACUUAGCUAGUUCUCAUCUCUCAGUCCGAAUCCAGUAUCCCUGAUGGUAUGGGGGUCAUCAGAUUCCAUGUCAUGGGUAUCUUCCACAUCUGUGAGGGCUCCAUUAAUGCUGAACAAUAUCUACAGGUUUUACCAUACAAUAAUAAACAUGAGGCCUGAGCGUAUUUAAGUGGUCUGGGAUCAUUUUUCAGUUUUGACAUUUGAUAAGUACUAUUUUUAAUCAUGUAACAUUUCAAUGAUUUGCGAACCAUUAAUCAUGUUUGUAUUAACAUUUUACCCAGCGUCCCAGGUGUUGUCUAAUUAGCCUCAAAGGCCUUAGGAGCCUCUAUUAGAAGUGUGUUGCAGCACCACCACAGUGUUCCUCAGUGUCUGAAGCCUUUCCCUGCUUUAGCCUGGCGAGCUGAAGCUUUUAGUGCUGGUCGAUAAGACACGACCACCUUCUGAAGGUCAUCCAGUCUCGCCGCUCCCUGACACCCCCAAACUCCCAAAGUGCUCUAAAACUGGCCUGCAGCAUUGUUUAUUUGCACAAAGACAAGACAGAUUGGCUGUAAUUUUCUUGUCAUCUUUUUAUAUUUUCUACUGGACAGGGUGGCUCUCUGCUUUAUAAAUAAAAACUCUACAUCAGAGACAUUCUCUGGCUUCAUGAAGAACGUCUUUGUGUCACCAGAUGUUGCUUUGAGGACUAUUUAGUUGCAGUUUUGAGAGGAUAAAAGUGGGUGAUGGCUUCACUGUGAUGCAGAAAACUGUUUGAAGACUUUUUGAGCAGAGGCAGAUGGUUGGUGUCACAAAGGCAAAGAUAGAUUGACAGACAGAUGGAUAAACAGACACAUAGAUUAUAUAUGCAUACAUGCUGAGCAAGAUUUGGUUUAUUUGUGUUUGUUGAAGCUUGAAUUAAAGAUAUUCAUCAGAGGAGGAAUAAUCAGGGCACAGAAAAACAACAUCAAACUGCUAAAUUUAUUCAAAUGGAUGUCUGCAACAAGAAGUUAGUCAUUUACUAGCCUCAUACCUCACUUUAACAGAUCUUUAUUAUAAAUACAGACCUUAUAAUCACUUGGUCAGCUGUCAAAUAUUUCCUGUUCAGGAAUGCACGGAGCAAAGACAAACAGCAGCGUCUUAGACGGGGAGCGGGGACGUUAAAAGCUGUAAAAGCCUCAUCGAUUUCUGGCCUUGUAUCUUGCUGCUGUACAUGCAUAAUCAUGCAUUAUGUAUGAAUGCUUUAUAUUGACAGGCUACACCAGAAAUCUGAAAAAAGGCUGUGCACGCCGUGCAGAGAGUGACAGCUGGGAGUUUUGCAUUCAGAGCACGCAUUCCUGCAUGUGUCAGCAAAAGGACAGAAAAACUCUCUAUGUCUGGACAGAUCUGACAGGAGGUCAGAGGUCAAAGGUCAGGCAAAGUGACCUGGAUAAUAUCACACAGACACACACACACGCACAAACACACACACGCACAACAUAAACACAGACAGCUGGGUUUUAAGCAGUUUUAGGGUGUGUUUCUCACACUUUCCAGCAGGGGCGCUGUUACACAGGAAACAGACUUCUCACCACCUCUGUGAGCAAUGAGAGAGUAACAGGGCAGAACUGGGACUAUUAUUCAGGAGCUAAAUGAAGACUGACUUUAUAUAUGGAUAUGGAUAUGGAUUUACAUGUUGAUACAGCUACAGUAUUUGUAUUUAAAAAGGUUUAGAUAUACUUUAUAUUCGCCAAGUUUUCACUGACAGUGUAAUCUGCAGGUUGUAGUAAAACCUCAGCAUGUCUCUGGGUAUGAUUGAUGGAGAGACUUUCCUUUCUCCCAGGAGAGACUUCUCUCUGAUUGAUGCUGAGGGAGGUCUCCUUUUACUCACAGUGUUGUCCUUGUGUGUCUCUGUACUUGAAGAGAUCGGAGUUGAUGUGUGUUCACGCUGCUUUUUCUGCUUUCCUUGUCUCUAUUUUCCGAAGUUUCCCCUAAAUAUUCACCCCCUCCUCCUCCUUUCUCUAUUUAGCCCUAAAAAUCCAUACCAUUGGUUGCCAUGGGAUCCAGUUGCCAUGUGGCAGCGAGGUUUCCACAUGGUCUUUGUGUGUAUGUAUGCGGGUGUGUGUGUAUCAUGGUGUGACGUAGCCUGGAUGUCAUGUUGACUUGAAAGAGGGAGGGACACACAUCUCAGAGGACAAGAUAUUGAUCAUGUAAUACACUGCAGAGCUUGAUCAUCAGACACACAACCUGGCUUUCAUAUGUGUGGCCACUUAAAGACACUCUUGCAGACUCUGCUCCAUUAUCUGAAGCCUGCUCAGUAAGGCUUUCUCUGUAACUACAUGUCCUGAGAUGCUCCGCAGAGAAAGUGAUGGAAAUAUAUGAUGAUAGAGAGAGAUUGAAGAGAAGAAAGUGGGAUGAGGGCAAAGUCAGUAAGAAGAAAAAGAGCAAGGUAUUGACCAGAGGCAGGGAUCAAUGAGCGACCUGUCAGGAUAAGACCCUGGAUCUGACCGUCACGCCUCCAUAUUGGACAGUGUCGAUAUGAGAGGAUUUUUCUGGAGUGUGGUGGGAUGGAAAGUUUGGAUUAGGUGAUAUUUUCAGCAUCACUGAUUGACGGCUCGGGAAUUGUUAUCUGCGGACGAUUUGAGAGAUUAAGUUUUACUGAGCAGAAGUCACAGAGGGAUUAAUUUAACAGGAUGGAAAAGUGAAGAAUUUCCCAACUGUCUCCUACCUUAGGUCCAAGACCCCACAUGGAGUUACAGAGAUCAAACAGGGUCACUCGUCAUUUAUGAUCAUUGAUCAGUUAAGAGAAAAAAAUAUAUAUAUAUAUAUUUUUGCUCUUAAAUGUGGCUUUGCUUUUAUUGAAGCACUUUGUAAAACUUUGUAUUUAAAGGUAAAUAUAAAUCAAGCUAUAAUUAAUAAUCUUAGUUGGAAAAGUCAAUUUUAACAGAAAUAAGACAAAACGUGCUCAGAUUUUAGUUUUUUUUUUUUUUUAAAUGCAAGAAAUGCAAGAAAAGUUGAAGAAAAGUUGUGCUGUCAGCUGGGUGUGGGCUACUACGUCACCCAUCAUGCUUUGCCUGUUGAAAGCAGCAUAAUUUUGGCAGGUAACACAAGUUUUGAUAAAUGUUUCUCCCUCCCUGCUCAGUGUUUUUUUUUUUUUAAAUCCAUUUGAAAUAAGAAAUCUAAAGCAACCCAAUAUAAACAAACAUCAUAUCCUAAAUUCUAGGUUGGAAGUAACACAGCUAACAUGAGUGGGAACCUGACGAGUGUGAUCAGACUGUCUAUGGACUCACAUUGUACGGUAGUCUUUUACAGCAUGUUACUGUUAUUUAAUGUGUGCUCGAGGUCCUGCUGCCCACUAGGGCAUUAAAUGAUUACUUGUUACUUAGUUAUUAUUAUUAUUACUGUUUAACCUGCAAUCAUUGUUUCGCUCUUGUGUGUGCAUAUGUGUGUGUAUGUGUGUUAAUGUGCAUGUGAGGAGCCUCAUUUACAUUCAGACGGACAGGGUUACAAUAACAGGCUGUUAUGGAGGCAGUGAGGCAUGGUGGUUGUAAAACCGCAGAGUCUCAGAUUAACAUGAUAGUAGACAGAAGCACAUGACACACACCCACAUACGCACACACAUGCACACACUCACUCAGAGCAUGAUCAGGUUCUUCUCCUUGGUCUCUUACAGAGGAAAAGCUCACUGAAACACGAAGCCUGAGGGUUUAUUUAAUUGAAUGCGAGCAGGAAGUGUGUUUGCUACCACCUGGUGUGUCAGAUCACCCUGUUUUACACUCCACAGGUUUAAAAUGCUGAUGUUGGAGUCGGGCCAGUACAAGGAUACACACCAUGAUUUGAUUAAUAUGCAUGCACUUACAUCAGAUACCUGCACACACAAACACAUGAGAGUCACACAGAUUCUCUAUCAGGUGCACACAUGACUUUCUCUGCUUUCUCCUGACAAGUUUGGAACUGGAGCGCUUUUGUCUUCUUCUCUUGUUGCUAAAUUAGAAUCCAUUCUUCCUCGGCUCUUCAGCAUCCAACUCCAACAAAAAGAGGAGGACAUGUUAACAAAAGAGCAGAAUAAACUCAGAACAAAAGAGAUGAAGAGGUGCUUAAAGUCAGACACUCUUAUCUUUAAAACUAAUUUCAACAAGCUAACUUUGGCUUUUAUGUGACCAGCGCAGAGCAGGAUAUUCACUCACCUGUUUGUAAUAAUCUGUAACACAUGGAUGCAGAACAGUUGAUCCGGCUGUGAUCGUGGUGUUUUAUAAUGACGAGCUGUGCAGAGCAGAACCACACUGUGCGUUUGUGUAUGUCUAUGUGUGAAAGUUUGUGAAUGUUGUUGAAUAUCUGCCAUGGAAUAAUUUGAUUCAUAGCUGUCAGAAAUAACAACUCAGAGUACAGACAACUGAUCUCCAAACAACAAGCCUGCCAUCCAUCAUCAUGGCAGUGACAUUUCUGCAGCUCCUUCUCUGCUGUAAAUGUCACAGGUGCUGUUUCUGCCCCUCUAACAAUGAAAAAUCAGCCAGCUGUCUGAAAACACAGGCAAGAUAAUGAUGAAGUGAUUCAUCUAAGUGUCCUGGUUUCUUCAAGUUUCUCAUCCAUAACCAAGAUUUCCAUUUAACUGAAACUUCUCACGGCUGUUAGUGCUGCGUGUCCUGUCAUUUAGCAUUAUGAGGGGUUGUCUGUAAGCCAGCAGCAGUGAUCAAUGACCUCUUAAAAACUGCAGCUCCACACCAGUGCCUCAACACUUUGCAGGGCAUUACAUUAAUGGUGUCCUAGAGUGUCAUUUUAUUUUACAUUAUGCAGCAGGGGCGUCACACGCACGCACGCACGCACGCGCACGAGGCUGUUCCGCCCUGCCUGCUCAGCAGCUCAUUGACCCCCUUUCUAACUAUGUACCUGCCUCUUAUUGGGGAACAGACUUUGCCCUACCAUUACGCCUCAGUGUCACUCAUUGGAGACAGGAGGAAAGAAAAAGUUUACUGUUGUGAAGCAGAGUUUGUGUCAUAUGGAUAUAUUUAAAGCUGCAGAUUACAGCAAGCUGAGGGUUCAUAUAACUAACAUUAAGCUGCUGAUUGUUGCCAUGGGAAACCAGCUGAUGAAACAUGAAUGCAGACAGUGAGGGUGAGAGGUGGAAAUUCAAAGCACCAUUGAAGACUAAGAAGCCUCACACUUAACUGUCAACACUUGGUGACCUUUUUCUGUGUUUACAGACUACAGCAGAUUUCCUUGAACACCACCUUUUUCACUGAGACUCUGCACAGGUAUCUAUAAUGAGCAUUUAUAAUGGUCCACGGAUAGAUCUGUGCAGGUCACCUAUCAAACAUUAUCUGUUGCACCGCUUGUCAUUAGAGCCAGUGCCAGAAUGACUUCAGGUCUUUGAGUUUCAUGCCACCCCUGCAAAGGAAACAGCUGACAAUAAGCAUUAAGAGAAAUGCCAGUGGACGCUGUCAAUUAGCUGCAAACACUCUGCGCACUAAGUCUAUGAGCGAUGUGUGGACAAAGUUAGCAUGUAACAAGGACAUGGCGAUCCCUCUCACUCCCACACAAUGUUGAUCUCUCAGUGUGGCAGGUUAAAGAGCUUAGAGGAUAAACAGGCAUCAUGGAAGCUACCAAUGUGUGAGAAGACUGAGAGCAUUAACACAAAACACCACACUGAGCGACUCUGGAUCUGCAGGUUCAGCUCUGACUCCUUAUACUCAGCUCCCAAACACAUGUCAGGACCCGGUCCAAUCCUGUGGUUGACUCAAGAGGUUCUCUCAAAUCCAUCCUCAGGCACCUCUUUUAAGAUAAGCUAGCUGUUAAUGCAGCUUUGAACUGACGUUUGCUCAGAGUAACACUGGAAACACUUUGCUUCAUGUUUGGCUUUAAUGAUCUUAAAAAGUCACUUUGCAAAUCUGAGAGUCACUCUGUUUAGGAUGCAUUUGCACAUUUGUUUACUUGUGGUUAGAAAUGUUUUGUGCAAGAAGUGUAAGCUAUACUUUCGGUGUGCUUCCUUGGCUCUGAACCCACUCACCAUGACUUCCAACAGCUAACAAGCUUUUUAACCUUGGUAACCCUUCAAGUUCAAGAAUUGUUUUGUUUAAAGCUCCUAACACAAACUACCUCUAAAACUUCACAGUUUGGUGUCUGUUCAUGCUGACUUACGGGUUAGCUUUUAGCAUAUCUACCUCUUGAAAUUGUGCACCAAUUUUCAUGAAGAGAUUAAUCCUGAAGAGUAUGUCUGAAGUAGGGACAUACUUGCACAAUUUAUCCAAUAUGUGCUAUUGAAAAAGGGUGCAGAGACACCUCCAUCCAUAGGUGUAUAUUGUGCAUUUGCCUUGGACUUGUUACUUUAAAGUGCUGAAGUCAUUGCACAUUAAGAUACAAAUGUGUUUGUGCAUGUACUGUUGCACAGUAAUAGCAUGCAUUUUCUGUAAUUUUGCACUGGAGUUGCAUAUCUGGAUAGAAUAAUGUGUGCACACAAUGGUUAAAAUUCUGAUGCAUUUCUAGGUUCCAUUAUGGUGCACUGACUGCUCCAAAUCUGCAGCAGAAAGGAGAGUCUGAACUGCCAAUCUGGGCCUUAAAGCAUCACCUCUAAAACUCUUGAAACUCCAAACCCUGCAGCUUAACAACAACACAUGAGAUUUCUAACUUGGAUUCCUUAACAGAAACAUGCAGAUACUAAAACCUGGAAUGCUGAUUUGGUCUCAUAUUUGGUCUCUUAGCUUGAAUGUGAAUCUCGGCUCAACUUCUCAUCUGCUGAUUCCUUUCUCUGGCAUUCCCUCCACCCGUUACCGGGAAGCAGGCCUCUUCUUUCUAUCCAGAAACACCCCUGUGGAAACAAACCACCAGGCCGUGAUCCACUCCUCACAUUAAACACAUCCUCCAGCUCUGGCCUCAUUCCCCACUUCCAGCUCCAGCCCCUGUCCCCGGGCUCCAGCCCCAGUUCUUGCCCUCUCCCCUAAUGCACUCUUGACCAGUGCACCCACAGCAGAUGGAGAGCAAAGAAAACUGUGUCACCACCAGCCAUGGCUUGCUUUAAUCACCCCUCCCGUUCUCUCUUUUCUGCAUUUCCCUCCCCCUCUCUCCAUCCUCCCACUCCCUUCUUCCCUCACUCCCAGGAUUUGGAGCAUCAAACAUUGAUUUGUCUUUAUUUUUAGAGCCGCUGUGAGGGUAUGUGCGUGCAUGCACAUUAUUUGUUUGUGUGUUUCAGACGCUGGUCCAUGCUGGGUUGUGGGCAGUUUGAUUGUGUUUGGGUGCAGCACUGUGUGUAGAUUUGCGAAUGUCACAGGCUCCUUUUUCCAAGUUAAUCCCUUAAGAAGAGGUGUGGUUCUCUUUCUCGCGCUGCGCUCCCUCUCCUUUCCAUCCCUCACUCUGAGCGUAAUAUCAUCACAUGCUCUCUCGCUGCUCUCCUCCUCUCAUCUUUUGCUUGUGCUGUUGUUUUUGCAAAGGGAGGACUUUCUCCCAGCUAGUCAUCUUUGCAUCUCCUCUCGUCUGCUGACGUUUCUGUGUGAGAUGAGUUCUUGUGGCGAGAUGGGGGAGGCCAUUGAACUCAGGUGAGUCAAAUACAGAGUAGGAAGCUGUGUUUUAGUUUGUGCAUGUUUUGCUUAGCUGGUGCACGUGCAAUGCAACAUAGAUACGCUCUUGAUCCAUGCAUUCAUCUACCAUCUCUGUAUUUCUGUGAGUUAUCGUGCACCUGGAUGUAUCCUAGUUUCAAACUGGGUCGACUCUUGCAGUUGCAGUCACCAUCUUGGGCUGUUUAUCUCCACCUCUGCACCACAAGUUUACCCUUUUUUCAGCAGGGCAGAAAUCUGCAAGCUCCAUAGAGGUCAUUGAUCAAUCUGGUAUCCAUGUGACACUGAUAACUGUGGUUUUCUGUUGUUUUGUUGCUGUUGUUGUCGGUAUGUUCAGUCACUGCCAAACUGAUAAUAGGUCUAGCCCAGCCGGUGUCCACAGGGCUCAUAGCGGCUAAUAGCCUUAGCAGAUGCAUUAGCCCCCAUGCCCAUAUGGAAGAGAUUAAACCUGCUAGAUUGAUACAGACAACCAAUGUUUUUGUCUUGCAUGGCACAAGUGCAUGUUUUUAUGUGCAUAUGUUCAAAUCUGCAGCCAUGCACACCUGCCAUGCAUCCUUUUUAACAUAAAAAUCAUGUUUCCAAUCAUCCUCAUGCAAAAGGGAGCAAGAUUAGCAUGUAUUCACACUCGAAUUCAACACUUCUCUUCUUCUUUUUCUUCCAGUCUAUUCUUACUCUGCCCUCAUGAUUAUAUAAUGAAUAGGACAGCUCUCAUGUGUGCUGCAAGAAAAGAGAGAGAGAGCAGAGGAAGAGUGAGAAAAGUGCAGACGACAGAGAUCAGUGCAGAAAGUGAAAUGAGGACGAAAGAAGACCAGCAGGAGGGAGACUCAACAGGAGGGAGAAGAUGAGAGGAGGAGGGUGUGAAGAAAAACUUUGAAAAGAGGAGGGUGUUACAUUAGAUUAGAGAAGUAAGUGCGUCAAAGGACAGUCCAGGAAAAGUCGAUUUUUCAUCAGAGGGAAUAUUAAUUUUCAGAGUAAGAAGCGAACGGUGAAAAAGACUGAAAUAUUGAUAUUGUGCUAAAACUGAACAAACUGAACAAACUGAGGGAACUGCUAGCUUAGUGGUUCACUCAGGUCCUAAUAUGGAGGUUAUACAUCUGCUGCAGAUUGCCCGGGUUUGAUUCCAGCUGGCAGCUCUUUUUCAACUUUUCCUGCUCUACCCACUCUCGUCAAAGAGAAUAAUAACAGCAACAUGCAUAUUUAGAACGCCAUAGCUUUAGAUGGGAAGAGCAUCGGCAAAGACAGAACAGUGCUGCAGAUGGACGGAUAAGCUGUUAGGUCAGACUGAGGUGGAAAUGUCAUGAUCACCAAAAGUUCUGGCAGCGUAACACCUUUUAAUAAAACUACUAUGUAGAACCCGCUUCCAUGAAACAAUUCAGCCUAUAGGUGCAUGCCACUGUAUAUAAUUUUAUAAUUAUGUAAUUAUAAUGACACAAUUACUCAUUCAACACAACAGCAAACACACUGGAACACAAAUAAGCUCUGUUUUUGAGUUGUGAUGUGGGAUGCCAAAGUAUGAUACAGAAAGAGCAGCAGCAUAGACCCACCUACUGUACCUGUGCUGUGGUAUUCAAUGCAGGUAUGCAAAAGUAAAAUCAGACACGGAAUAGAUAGGAGGAGCUGGAGUGGAGAUGGGUUGUAAAGUAGUUUGCAGUAGAGAAGACCGGCCAAAGCAGUUUACAUCCAUAAUUUUAAGUGGAAGCAUUUUAUCCUCUUAGUCUUCCAACUUUGGUAAAACAAACUUUGUGAUGAUGGAAUGAAAAGAAAGACAUGACAUGAAUUUUUAACAUAGUCAUAUUAAAUAUAUACUACUGAAGUAGAUGAAACUGAGAAUACUUUGGAGUUCAGCUGCAGAGCCACACCACAUCAUUCAGCGUUUAAGAGUCAGACCCAAGAGUCUGACAUAAAAUCUGCACAAUGCAAGUUCAAGGGUGGGGUCGACAAGACUGAGAAAUUACAGCUGCAACAAAAACAAAAUAGAUUCUUUAGCCAGGGAUCAUCUGAGUAAACACAAAGUGUUCAAUAUAAACUUAUCUAAGAGUCUACAAAAUCUGACCUCCAGUCCAAUGCGUGCCACCUCAUCGAACCAUGCCAAAGUGAGGAAUAAGACUCUCUGAACUUCCCACAGCUUAAUUUAACUUUCUUAUUGUCAUGUUUCGUUCUGGUAUGUGAGUCUUGUUUUUGACCUCACUCCUCUUUGUCAUAUCAGACACUUAGGACAGAUGACAACAGGCCUGUUACUCCAGUUCACACUUAUACAAAGUGGGGGACACAGCAUGGCAACAUGAUAGUGGAGCAUAUUGACCAGACUGCUCUACUUCACGCCUGGCUGCGCUGCGUUUGAAUUGGCUUCGACACACAUUUUUCCCGUCAUAGAUAUGGACACACACUGACAUGCAUGCAGACAUCAUGCUUUUACAUGAAUGCGGGAACAUGGCAGUCCCACAUACUGGAAAUGCAUCUGCAGGUACAUGUAAACACAAACACAUCAUGAUAGCAUGGUAGGUACCCUUUUUACCUGCUGUUUCAAGGGCACAGAAAGCUGUUGUGUUAAUCUGUCUCUUUUGCAGUCUUAGGUCUCAUGCAGACACACAUACAGACAUGCAAAAGCACACUUUUUUGCACAAAUUCAUUGCAUGCACUUAUACUUACAGUAAGGGUGAAGAAUAUAUUUUCUUCAAGAAAUAAUGAGAGAGGGAGCAGGUUGGCCUGCAGGACUCCCAGCAAACGCACUCACAGAGACAGACAGACACACAGACAGACACACAAACACAAAGACAAUCUUCUCCAGGCUUAACUUUGGUGGAUGGGAAUUGCAACAGUGGCAGGAGGGGCAGCGACAGCACCGUGCUAAGCCCAGAGGAAAAAGGAUAAUAGGUGUCUGUGCAUGAGCUGUUGGUGCAGAGAUGACAGUGCAUGCGCAUACACAUUGGAAACCAGGGUUGUGCACACACGUCUCCUGGGCUUCACACUCUCUCUACACACAGCUUGAAGUUUCUCAGCUAAAUCCUAUUUGCAGCAAAGACCAGGAAGCAGAUAAUUUUAAUUGCAGGAUGUUUUCUCAGACUCCCAGCUUUGCCGGACUGCCUCUCUCCAUCCACUUAACUUGAUUUACGGCUCAAAUGAAUGAUGUUAGGAGAGCACGGACAUGAUGCAUGCAGUGUUUGCAUGGAACAACUGGUGUUCUCAAAAUUGAAGUAAUCCCCCUCAUUAACUCCUGCAUAUGCUACCAAUCUGCUUUUCUAAUGAAGCUGUGCAUUUGGUGAUGCUGCUGCUCUUAUUAUGUUUAUGCAUGGUCAUUUUCGGAGUGAAUUAGACUUCAUUGAUAGCUCAUUGGAGCUUCAAAAAGCUGGGUUGCAGUUUCAAACAGUGCAUAUUGUUUAGGCACAUUAGUGAAGAUAAGGGGGCUGCAGCUCGCUUCACCAUCUGCAGCUGUCACUGGUUACAGUAAGUGUCCGGAUGACAGAUCUGAUCCAGGACCUGAAGCUUUGGUUUAGUCACUGAUGACAUUUCUCGAAUUCUCACUCAUUCACUUGUUACUGCACUGAUACAAAUUCCCAUAGUGCAUUGCAGCCUGAGACACAGAGGGCCAUUCAGUCUCAUUAUGAAAGACGACCACCCACUUAUAAUGACAUUAGGGCGGCCCUCUGUGCGUCUUCUCCAGCAGCACUGCAGCCCCCCUGAAGGAUCCCAUUACAUUAGAGGGUCAGAGGAAGGACAGGAUGUGUUACUGUCUGGCUAAUUCACACUACUGUCUUUUUCUUUAUGCAUUUUUCUUUCUUUAUCUCAGACUGAGGAAAAAAAAAACAAAGAACAGUCAAUCUGAACAGAGACUUAAAGAAAUGCAUUAUUUGGGUCUCUUUUGCAUUUCUUCCAGGUCACAGAUGUUUACAGCCCUUUCGCUGAGUCAAAUGAACUAAGAAGUUACUUCAGUUUCAUUUCCUCACUUACAAAUAAGAGCUAAUUAAGUCUGCCGCAGUAAUGUGUUGCCGCUCUUACAGUACAGAGAAACUGUGACUGUAUCCCUGUUUUCUUUUUUGUUCAAGCUUCUGUGAGAAGAUUUUGGCUGUUUAUGAAACAAGAAAAGUGACUGAUCUUUUCUACGAUGUAAUUUCUAACCACUAUAAGGAGGGUAAGGUCAGACCUAGGGAUGGGUAAUACAGUAUCGUUCACGAUAUAUCAUCAGAAAAAUCCUCCAUGAUAAAUAUUUGCCAUCUCAUGAUAAAUGCAAUAAAUGCAAGUUGAUGACGUAAGCGUGAGCAACGGACACGCAGCCAAAGCCCACACAGAGCAGAAGGGCAAACAAACAUGGCCGAAGGUGAUAAAUUAGACGUUUCUGAGUAGCUUGUAACUGUACGAGGCUCCACAUGAGAUAUUUCCUUCAAGAUUGGGGCUUAGAUGAGUGCAAUCAGGUACGCCUGACAAUGGACAGUGGAUCUUCUGCUGUUCACUCUGUGCAAUAAGAGUUUUUAACAAAUGUUGAAAAUGGUUUCACAUUUCAGACUUGUUUGAUGUCAUUAGUUUUCUCCAUUAUCUACCACUCAAAAUUCUGGUUCAGUAUCUUACAUGACGACUCUAACUUGUGAUUUCAAGACAGAAUGAGUUAAAAAUAUAGAUUGGAAUUAUAAUAUAUUUUAUCGGGACUUUUAUUGUUACCAACAGAAUGGCAAAACUUACUGUGAUAAAUUUUUUAGCCCAUAUCGCCCAUCCCUAGUCAGACCACAUGAUGAAGUAAAACCAAUUUUUUUAAGAGUUGUCAGAAAAGCAGAGUGGGGUGCAAAUGACAAGAUUGGCAAAGAUGAAAGAAGCCUUGAAAUGAUCACCAUUUGUCCUUCUUUUUAUAUAGAAAUGCUCAAAUCAAGUUAUAUCUUUGUGCAGCGCAGAAGAACGAAAGAGAGAAUGAAUAAGUUAACAGAGACGAACACUCGCUAUCACUCUUUUUCAAUUGUGUGUGUGUGUGUGUGUGUGAGGGACUGGGACAAUAGUCACAGUGAGUGCCAGGCUGAGGGUUCGACACAUGGCUCUGCUUCAGCUGAGACUUUUAAUCAGCCUCCACACGCUCUAAUUUCACCAAAAUGGACUAUCUCUUCAAUACAGCCUGCAUAUACAGUCUGUUUACAGCUGGAUCAGAGAGUGUGCUUUACAAACCUCCUGCACUCUGCGCCGUAUACAGCUCUAAACUGCUGUCGCUCCAGAGGUUCAGCUUCUUUAUAUUUGCUUGUUGUAACGGCUGUACUCGACCCGAGGGUGUUUACGAUUUCUAUAAAGCUCAGAUAAAGCUGCACAGGCUGUUGUAUUUCAGCUAUGGAGCUUCCCCCACUUAUAUAGAAACUAUUCAGUUGUCAGGACUGGUUGAUUAGUUUGUUUCCUUAAGUUAUACAACAGGAAAAUUAAAACCGAUCACUCGCAUUAGGGGGUCUGUUAGUUUUUUAAGAUAUUUGAAAGUUUUACGAGUGGCGAUGAAAAUAUUUAGUCUAGUUUUAUUUGUGUGUGUUUAAUACAGACGCCCAGUAUAUCUGCACUCUGUUAAAUAAUCUACUUAAUAAGCUAUACACUUAGAUAAUACAGCUGCUGAUUGAUUUUCUCGUCUGUGUUUACACCUCAUAAAAGUGUACCAACACGUGUUUAAAACAAAACUCAAAGAAAAAGAUGGGAAGCACCUUUAACUCUCUGCACUGUCUUGGCAACAUGAGUUGUUUUAAAGUGCUAUAUGGUUAUUUGGUUGGUCUAAUACGUACAUAAAGGGGAUUAUUACCAACUACACACACCCACACACACACACACACACACACACACACACACACACACACACACACACACACACACGUAGCCUCAUUAGCAGCUGCAGCAAGUAACAGUGUCCUGUCCUGGGUCAGGCGCCAGUCAGAGCACAAGUGUCCUGGUUUAUCUGCAUUGCAUCACUCUCCUUGAUUUUUUAAUCACACUCAGACAGAAACGGACCACCUGUCAACUGCUGUGUGUGUGUGUGUGUGUGUGUGUGUGUGUGUGUGUGUGUAUGUGUGUGUGUGUGUGUGUGUGAGACACAGACAGAUUUCUGGAUGACAGGAAGAGUCCGCUUCCCUAUCCAGGUCGCUCAGUGCCAAUGAACGUCUGCAUGGUUGGGAAAGUGGGUCAGUUUUCAGUGUGUUUGUGUGUCGGCAUUAUGCUCCUGAGUCUGACGUGUGUUUGAUUGAGUUCUAUGAUCUACACAACUGUUGACUGUCUCGCUUCGACCGCAGAUGAGUCACCCCUCAAGUGACAUUUGAGAGGUGGUGAUAGAAUGAAUAAUAGACUACUGUUAGAUGUUUGGGGGGGUCGGCAAUUUGGUUAAGAGAGAUGCUGAGUGUCGGAUAAUCUCCAACAGUUAUUAUUUUGUUGUUAUGAAAGACACAUAGAUACUCCAUCCUCUUUCUGUCUGCAUCAUUAACUUUGAAUCAUCAUCAGAGUCACGAAUACAGUCUUUGAGCUCCAUCACAUCGUAGGUUCCUCUGGAUCACUGCUUCAGCUGUACGAGCAUCAGUCUCUCCUCUGUCCAUCUCUCUCUUUUUCCAUCUUCCUCUCUAAACCCGGCUUAGUCUCAGCAGUGACUGUCUAACAUCAGUCUGGUUCUGCUCGAGGUCUCUGUCCGUUAAAGGAAGUUCUUCUUCUCCACUAUAACUUGACAAAUGCUGUCAAGUGUUUCACUCAUGUAGUUCAAGAUGGGAUGGAAGUGGGUCUGAUCUUACAGGAUGGGGCUCAAUCCAAUCCCAGAAUCUGGUUUAGACCAGCUUUUAUUAUUAAGCGUUUUCUAAUAUCUAGUUUCAAAAGAAAAUGUAGUAAACUGGCAUGAAAAUACAUGUUCAUACCCAGACCCUGGGGCUGUGAUGGAGUCUUGCAACAGGGUCCAAAGUGUCUUUAUUACUGGAAAAUUAGAAAACUCUGGUCCAAUAAUUAUAAAGGACAAACAGAUUCAGUUUUAUUGUUGAGUUUAUUAAAAGCAGCAAAUUAAAUAUAGGAAGAAUGCUAAAAGCUCUCAGAUAGACAAACAAAUCAAUGUGUGUACAAAGGUUUUCUUAAUCUUACACAGUUUAAUCAUCAUGUUGUUCUGUUUGUAGAGAUCUGAUCUUUUUCUUCCACCUCAAACCGACUCUGAGUCACUCUGAACGCUUCGGCGAAACGUAGCAGGGAAACAGAGGGACGCGGUGUCCAUAUAAAUUGGUCAGCUCAGUGAUGACUAAGCCCAUACAAUCCCCUGCACACACACACACACACUUGCUCCACCCCUCACCGUCUCCUCCUUGUCUCUCUGGAGCUUCAUGAGCAUAUGGCUUACCGUAAUGUGAGGUGGCUAUGACUCACUGUGUGGGUUUUUCUUGUGUGUGUGUGUGUGUGUGUAUGUGUGUGCCACAAGUCCUCCUCCUCUCUGCUUGUAUGCAGUGUGUCUUCAGAGCAGCUGGUGGAGAAGAAGUGUGAGGGUGGAGUGCAAACCGUUUUGCCAAAAUCUUUGAGCCGCUGUUGAACACAGAACAUCUGGACCAGGAGGGAACAUUGUGCAUGUUUGAGUGUGUGUGUGCAUGGUUGAGUGUGUGUGUGUGUACAUGAGUGUUACAGUGUGCACGAGUGUGUGUGUGUGCACGUUUAUGUGAGAGAAAGAGUUGGAGAGCCAAAGAUAUCAAUCAGGCUGACUCCUGGCGAGCACAAACUCCAGCUGGACACACAUGAUUUCAUACAGUCUGAACUCUGAUAUAAAGGGAGGUGACACACUUUCGAUGUGUCCUCAAAAACUGGUUUUACUCUUUUAAAAAACACACACACAUAUCACAGAGAUUUAACGACAAACAUCCCUACAAACUCACAGCUAAAAUACCUUCUUUACAACCUGGAGCAUGAUUCUGCUCACAUUUCAUUUGUCUGCCAGUGUAGGCGAAGUCUUCUCACUCAAGUCAUCCCUGCUAAAACCAUUUCCUCCAGUCAUAGACUUCCAGCUAUAGGCCUGUACUUGUCUCCAUUGGUGCACCUAUUCUGCAAUAAGAGUAGAAGAAGAAAAUGGGAGCACUUAGCAAGCUAGGAGAGGAGGUCAGCUCGGGUGACGGCACUUGAAAGUCGACAUAACUUUGCCUGUUUGUAAAACGUCUCUCCAGCCAUCUCCUCUGCAUCAAUGUGUUCCAGAUGGCUGCUAACUGGGAGGAUGGGGAGCAGCUCUGUGGGUUUUGGCAGCAGGCCUUUUGUUUGUGUAGUCUACGCUGAAGUUUUGCGUGGGUUUUUGACGAGAGCGGGACUUUACUUGUGCCAUUGAUUUAUCGAUUUAUUUGGAUGUUUUUUGUACUCGCCUGCCCGCCCACCCCGCUGUCUGUCUGCUUCUUGUUGUCUUCUGUCAUGCACAUGGUUUUUGUUGCAGGGUGAGGUCACUGCUAUGCAAAAGUUAAACAUGCUGCAUGCUGGGUAAUGUCUCCACCCUAAUUUUCUCUUUAUUAAAGACUCUUUACCAGCAUUAUUCUGCUAAUUUCAUGCUGUGCUGUUCAAGGAAAGAAGUAUGGACUUCUUCUUCUACUGAUAUGCAGUGUUUGUGUCACCCAUCCCUCAGUCAGUAGUUUGAUAUUUGGAGGGUUAACUUACUUGCUUUCUGGUUUGUUAGAAUAGAAGAUAUACAGUAGAACUCUCUUGUCCUAGGUUAGCAUAAAGAAACAAGCUGCUAUCCUGACUCUGUCCAAAGAUAAGUACAUUCAUUUCUACUCAAACUGACAAAUUAACAUGGUGUACUUCACGUUUUGUACCUUUACUCUACUUUAAGAAUCUCUUGUCCCCUUCAUGGUUUUAAAAUGUAAAAAUAAAAACACUUUAAGGAAUUGUUUAACUCUAUGGUGUGGGAUUCCUGGUUAAUGCAACAACAUUGGCACUUUUCAGGAGUUUUAGAUUGUAGGCGAUUCUGUUUCUGUAUGAGCGACAUGAUUGUUCCCAGAUAAUCCAAACGCCAAUGCUGAUCCCCCGGGUUAAAAGUUUGUCACAAAUCAUGGCCAAAGUUUGCUCAAAGUGAGGAGUUUUAAAAUUAAAGGUAUGCCUCUAUUUGCACUACAAAAGCAAACUAGACCAUCGGACGAAACUCAGUUUCUUAAUUUAGAUUUUUGAUAUCUCCAGCAAGAGAGUAGGUAACAAGGCCUACAAAUAAAAAAGACAACAUACUCUUUUGUUUUCGUAAAAGUCACAAAGUCUGGGCCCACAAGAGUUCUCCUGGUGGUUGGGAUUUGUCAAGAAAGGGAUCUCUACAUUAAUGUAAAGGUUGUCAGCAUGAAGUGGACUUUUCAGUCUUUUUAGCCGUGGUUUAUUGUCCCUUUUUGUGCUUUUUCUGGCCUCUUUACCGAGCAGGAUAACCACUAAUGUUCUAACUCAUUUCUGAAUUUGUCCCGACCAGCUCCCCCUUGUUUCCCAUCAUUUCAUUUUUACGUCUCUCCAGUGGAUUGGUAUCAGCUGCCAGUCCUCUUCGCUCACUCCUCCUCUCCUGCUGUCCCAAACCAUAUGAGGGCAAUGACAGGGCCUGAUGUAUUCCCUAAAGUCCCUCUCCUCUCCCCCGUUCUACCCAACAUAACUCCCCUUCCACAGUGGUGUGUAAUGCACCCUCUCACACACACAUUCACACCUGCCUCAGCGGCUCUGGUGCCAGCCAGGUGCCCGUCAGCUGGCACUCCGCCUGGAAAUGACUGGCACAGGCCUGGACAUGUGUGAGCGCUUAGCUGCAGAGAGGCUUGUGUGUGUUUAUUUGUGUGUCUGCACUUGGCAGAGGAUGCAUGCCACACAUGCCAAAAUGAGUGAAGCCACCCGGGCUGCAGCAUUUGAAUACUAUGCAUUACACACACGCCGAGAGUGUGUGCGUGAGGAAUAUGAGCAUGACUGGCACACAUUUCCGGCACACCAGCCUUUGACACCAACCAUCAGUGACAUAGCAGCGAUGAUGAGAAGUGAUCUCUCUCUCUCUCUGUAUAUAUUUGCUUGUAAGCCCUGACCUGUGUGUUAGAGCGAAGAGAGGAACUUCUCUCUGCAGUACUUUUUAUUAAACGCUUCCUUUUUUGUGGAUUUCUUCGUAUUUAAACAAACCUGAGGAUGGUGGUCUAUGGAGCCCCAACACGGUAAGGCAAUAAUUCGCUUUGGUCAGAGAUAUUUGUAAAAAGCAGCAAAGGAGAGUCUAGUUUGACACUGUUUGUGCUUUUCUUGGUGUUAGUUACUGGUGGUUAACAGAAAUGAUUCAAGUUUUCUGGUUACUCUGUUAUAAAACUUGAGAGCAGGUCAAUACUCAAAAAUCCACAGAACCAAAAGCGAUCAAGAUAAGUGUCCAAAUGUGAACAUAUUUUACUUCAGAUUUGACGUUUGUGGAUAGAACACCAAGGCUGCUCUCUGUAAAACAAGCGUAACUCUGUAGAUUGAAGAGUAUGAAUCGGAUUUUGUAUGAUUGAAUGAAAGAAACUUUUGAGCCAUCUGAUGGUUUAGAUCACUGAGACAGUGUCUAAAAGUAACACUUCUGUGGUCCUCAGAUCUUAAAGAAAGGUAUAUUUACGUGUCAUCUGCAUAGUGAUUAAAGGAGACAUUGUGUUUCUACAUUGUGUGGCUGAGUGGCAAAAAAAAAAAAAAAAUUAUUGAACCUAAAAUGGAACCCUGGGGUAUCCCACAAGUAAGGUUGGAAGAGGAAGUAGCCACCCCGUACCCCCCUUUGGACACACCCAUGCCGGCCAUUACCAGAUGCUUUUGCACUUUCAUAAGUUCAUAAAAUUGAUCACCUGUCUUUGCAAUUCUGAUUCCUGAUUUGAAACUUAUUUCAGUGGAUUUAUCAUGAUGUGAUUUUAGCUGCUGUGACAGUUUAAUUUCCUUUAUGGGAUUAAUGAAUUAUCGAUUCCGCAUCUAUCUUGAAAAACCUGACAUAAAAUGGGACUUCAGAUGUUUUUAAUCCAGCCUGGAUUCAGAUGCAGAGGACGCUCACAGGGAGAGCUUGUUUCUGUAGUACUCCAGGUCUGCUGCUGCUGCUGCUGCUGCUGAGGGGGAUGUGACUGCAGAGGAAUGAAAACAGUAAUUAUCGUUUUUAAGCAGGUCAUGUUAUGAUGGCUUCAUGUUUCAUUAUGGUGGGAAAUUAGCAUCACUAAACAGGCCGGCGGGCUGAAUGGUCUAAUUAAGCCGCGCAGAGAGGGUUGCAGUGUGUGUGUGUGUGUGUGUGUGUGUGUGUGUGUGUGUGUGUGUGUGUGUGUGUGUGUGUGUGUGUGAGUGGUAUUCACUCAGCAUUUUUGAUGCUUUUCAACAGAUGAGAGCUGAUAUGAUAUAAAGUCUUUAUUUGUUAUAAAUCCCACUCUGUGAGUCAGCUGCGCUCCUCAGGUGCCUCAUGCUCCGAGUUCAUUAUUAUUCCACCUGUGUGGUUUGUACAGCAUGUUUCUCAAUGAGAGGAUCAAUGGUGUAUUGUAGCGGGAAGUGUUUGUGACACUAAUGCACUGACUGCCUUGUUAGGGAUGAUUACAGCAUAAUGAGCUUGAGCUAAUCAAUGAAAUCCAUCCCACUUCACUCAUAAUCCUGUAUGAACCAAUUCAGCGUGUGCACAAAGCUCUCCAGUGGCUUUUCUUUAUAUAUUAUGGCCCACACGGAUGCAUUUCAUUAGAGUUAAAUGAGCCCCAUUGUUAGUUGAAAGCAGCACUAAAUGGAUUGUGUUUGUGUUUGAUGCUUUUUUUUUGUACAAGAGGAGAUCUAAUUUCUUUUUUUUCAGACUAAACUGAACUCAACUAAACUGAUGUUUCUCUCUGUGUCUUCAGCAACAGGGAGCACGUGACCCCGGAGAUGAACAAGCUUCGUCAGAGCCUGCGGAGGAAGAAAGGCGCCUGUUUACCUGAGGCUAGCAGACCCUAUCAGUGGCAGGCUGAUGAAGAGGCUGUGCGAAAGGGCAAAUGUAACUUCCCUGUUAGGGUGAGUAUCGAAAACUUAAGUAGGGAGUUCUUGACUACUAAAUUUCACCGGUCAACAAGUUUUAUAAAAUAGUUCAGAAUCACAUUUUACAGAGCCGAAAGUAGCAGAACAGUCUAUAAACAAAACAAGAUAAACAUCAAGAUCUGCUGCAGCGGCCUGGGUAUCAGCCAGCUGCUGGGUUGGCACAAUUAUGGACAUAAACACAAACGAAAAUUUCACGAUGCAUUUGGCACCUCUUUAAAUCAGCUACACUGAACACCGCAACAACAGCAGCACUUAAUGUUAAAUCACAUGCUUUUCAAACUAUGAACAGAAACUGGACUCACUAAAUUACCACCCAAACUCUGCAGUGGUUACUGCAAACAACUCUAUGGGGUUAUUUCUACACAUAAACACUGAGUGGGUUUAAGCCACACAUCAGAACCAUGGUUAGCACCCAUUGUCUGCAACUAGAUGCGGACAAUACCCCAGAUCAAAGCUGUUUGCACUGGUUUGCAAGUGUUCACCAGCUGAUUCUCCCUCAGGCAGGAACUCUGGAUGGUGCAUGAUGCAGACUGCAGCCACAUAUGAGCUGCUGUUUUCCUCUGAUUCAGAAUGGCUGUGCACUCAUUCAGUGUCAGGUUCAACCCUCUUCCAUUGUAUCCAAUAGAUUUACAACACCAGCUGAAGUAUUUGGAGCCGAUGUCACUGCACCUUUACCCAUCAACUUUCAGGUCACAGAGAGUAUUUUACAUUCUGCUUUAACAUGAGUAACAGUAAAUGAGGUUUACAAAGGUAAGGUCUAUCUUUUUAAUAUGUGCAAAACAAAAAAAUGUCUUUUUUUGCAGCUAUGGCCUCCUCCUGUUUCAUGUCUCAUAAAUCCCCAAAACUGACACGAGUAAAAUGCAAAAAGAUUGUAUCAUGCAAACACUACAAAUUUGGUCAGAUUCAAGCAAGUUUCAUCUUUAUUAAAUCCAUGCAGUAUUCUCAGUACAGACGCAGCUGGAUGCCUCUUAUUAUAUAUGUGUAAAUAGGGAGUGUUAAUAUAGUCCUCUUUACUGAUAACCAGCCUCAAUCUGGGGUUUUUCUGUAUUUCUGAGAGCUGCCGUGAUUCCCAAAGUGUAGGAAAGACAAUGGAGGCUCCAGGGGAGGACAGACUGACAUCCAUGAUAGUUAAAAAUGUAGGACUCUGCAGGAAAUGACAGGGUGAGGGAUGAGAGCGCACUGAGGGACGGGGAGACAUUGUGUGACAUGAGAUGAGAGAUAUAGAGGUGGAUAAGAGAGGCAAAAAAAGAGCUGCAGACUGAAUGGAGAAAGCAGAAGUGAAAGAAAAAUACAAAGAGGAUGGAAAAUGUUUCUGGCGGUGAUGCUCCAAAGAGUUUGUGAUGUGAUUCAGUGAGGAGGAGCCGAGAAAUUCAAAGCAAAGAGGCAGUAAAAAAAAUUCACCCUCUUUACCAGCGGCUUUUUCCUUUUCUUUCAUUUUCCCUGUUAAUCUUUUUUUCUUUCUGUCUUUGCCUUUACUCUGUACUUUCUUUAAAUGUAUUCACAAGUCAUGCAGUAUUGAUACCCCCUCAAUCACUGCUGAAUUGUACAAAGAAGCGGAAAACUGUGAUCUCAUUUUAGCAUUCUUUGAAAAAUGGACUCUUUGAAAGUAGAUGGCUGAGGAGGAAAAUUGCCAGAUAAAAAUAUUAUGACUUAGCUGGCAAAAACAGUUGUGUGUAUUUAAGCAAACUUUGAUAAGUUGUCGGGUUGAGUUUCAUCCUCGUCUCGUCUAUCAGCACCUGCUCAAUGUGUAAUACACAUACAUGCAGAUAGAUUGUAUAGAUUGUCAUGGCUCUGCAGCCUUAUUAAAUGAGAUCGGAAAUAUUAAGUUUGUAUUUUCAUCCCCUGAUUCAAGUGUCUGGGUCGUCCACAAAUCAUGAUUCAUGUACACAAUCCACAAACGCCACUCUCCCUGACAACCCACAAGGCAUGUGUGCGCAGCUGCAGAAAUUUUAUUGACUUAUUUGAUUAGGCCGAUCUGUCUGUGUCCCUUCUGCCACCGCAUCCUCCUGUGGUUUCAAUCCCCAAUGCUGGCAGGCGUGAGUGCUGCUCAAGUCCAACUGUGCAAAGCUCUAAUGCAAGCCAAAUUUGGUUUUGAGCUAUUAACAAAGAAAGGCAAGGUGCAUCCAUGCUUUCAACAUCAGUGUUGUAAAAAACAAGAUUGGAGUAAUAUGCAAAAAAAAAAAAAAGGCCCCUUAUGUUCUACUGGCCUACAAGGUUGUUAGGAACUAUCUUUGCCUCUUAGCAUCUGACUGGAGUAAAUCUAAAGGUGGCUUUCGCUGUGUCUUUUGUACACGACUCUUUAACGUUGCUUUUCUCUUCUCUGUGCAGUACCUGGGAUUGGUCGAGGUGGAGGAAUCCAGAGGGAUGCACGUAUGUGAGGAGGCAGUUAACAAACUCAAAGUUGUAAGUAUCUAAUACACACACACACCUCCUCUAACACUAACCUCAAGGAUCCUCCAUCUUUACUGGAGCUCAUUAAAGAGCCACUUGCACAAACCUCAUGAAUCAAGUAUUGACCUCAGCAGAGUUACAUGUUGUUUUGCACGCUCGUAUUUUAUCAAAGCAUAUGCACAGUGUGGAUUUUCCUCUCUCUAUUGAAAAUAAAGGGUAAUUUUGUGAAUAUAAAAGGUUGUGAAAUUCCAUCAGGGAUUUUGUUGCAGUCUUGCAGUCAGUGACCCUGUCUCCUCAUCAGUCUCUGGGCCAGUCACUGACUGAGAGAGCAGAAAAAAAUUUGCUUUGAACACAUAUAAACACUCAGUGACUCAAACACACACAGUUGGCCCCCCUAGGAAGCUGGAUCAGGAAUAGGGGCGUGUGAACGGAGUAACACAGACUGUCCAGAGUCAGACAGCCACAUGUGCUGAAAACAUGAGACUCUGUCAAAAUGAAUAUCGUCCACACAUCUGUGCACAGCUGUUUCAUUUGUGUCAGUAACUGUUUUUUCAAACCUGAAGGCUUCAUCCUGUUGAAAUAGGUGAAGUUAAAUGAAUCACAGCUAGGAGGGGAAAUGUGGCACACACAGAUCCUCAGCCUUCGUUUUCUCUCAUUAGUUUUUGACUUUGAUUUCUCUCCUAAAACAGGUCUAUUCUUUCCCCACUUCAUCUUUAUCAGCAAUUUUCUUUAGCCGCCUUUUUUGCCUCUUCACAGUUUUUCACACUCCAGACUUUCUCACAAACUUAUCUUUUCCUUUUGAUUUCCCUGCUCCACAUCCUCUUCUCCUCUCCUUCACUCUUUUCUUUCACUCCCCUCAAUCCUCACUCCUCGUCUUCCCCUCAAUAGGAUUAUGCAAAACUUGAGGCUCCUUGUCGCUUCGCUGUGGGUUUCAAAGACAUUUCCUGCAGUGUUUUCUAUUUCCCUCCACACAGACUUAAAUCAGAGUCAGGUGCACACACACUUUCAUACACACAUGCACGCUGUAGCUGUUUUUACAGCCUGUGUAUUUUUAGCUUGGCCCACGCUGAGUGUGUUAUUAGCUCUGCCUCCUGCCCUCCUCCGUAGGAAUGAGUCUCAGUACCAGCUGGCACAGUUUUUACCUCUGCCCGCCACUCCGCUCUCAAACCGCCAUUACCUCAUGAGCUGUAAUGACCGCCUUACAUAACCACGAGACAUAGUAGAGACAUAGUAAAAGUGGCUUUUCAUGCUGUUUUAAGUUUUUUGUUGCUCUUCUGCAGGACUAAAGCAACACCUGAUAAAAUGUUCAAACUGUUAAAAUGUUUUCUGUGUGACUUGCAUUUAAAUUGGUAAAUAUUUAACCCCACUGUUAUUUUGUUCCAUCCAGAGUGGAAAAAAGACGGUCAAAGCAGUGCUGUGGGUUUCAGCAGAUGGUCUCAGGGUGGUGGAUGAUAAAACAAAGGUAAGAAAACACAUUUUUGUGUUUGUGUUGUGACUGUCUUUUUCUGUCUUAUUCUCUUUUUCAAACCCAGUCAUCCAAUAAGGAGGAUAAAAAAGGUAGCAAACAAAACAUCCACAGCUUUAUUCUAGGCAUCUGAACACACCAAAGACCACAGACUGCAUGAAUAUAAAGUCUAUCUAGAGUUAAACAUUCUUGCAUCACGAGGCUGGUUUUUAAGGGUCAGGCAGGUGCAUUUUUGGACAAAAAGGUGGUUUAAGCAAAUGUUUGAAUAUCAAAACUAUCCAGUCCAUACUUACAUUAAAGCUGAGCUUUGACAUGGCUGGUUGAAUCCCCUUAAGAGUCAAUUAACAGUUUAAUUUAUUCACGUGAGCUGUAUAAAAGUUAUCCUCUGUAUGGUCAGAGAGGCCAAACUGGUUUUAUUUUACAGUAUGAAACUCUGCUGGAAUGUUUGGCUUUUUCAUGAGGUGCAACUUGCUCUCAGAGCCAGCCUCUGGUGGCCACUGGAGGAACUACAAAGUUAUGCAUGAUCACGUAGCAUCAAUUCUGCCUCGGAGAUUUCUACUUUUUAAAGUAACAUGUUCCUCCUCAGACCUCUGACAAAUGUCUCACAAUGUCCCAGUCUUAUGAUGCCACAUGAAAGCCAACAUCAGGAUGAAACAGGGUGAUAUACUUCAUUUACAGUCUUGAUGGUGCUUUGAAGAUAUUUUGGAUCCUUGUGUGUUUGUGUGCACAGUUUCAGAGCUGACAUAUGUGACUCAUGGUUUCUGGAUGAAAGUGUUUAGUGGAGGAGGGAGGAUCAAGUAAACACAGAAACACACUGAUGUGUUUGAGGAGUGUCUGGUGGUUGUAGAGGCCUCCUACAGAGUGAGAGUGCAGCUCACUGUGCUUCUAUUCAAAGCAGAGCAGAAUAGAAAGCUGCAGAGAAUAGAUGAGAGAGAGAGGGAGAGAGGGCGUCCUUCUUUCCCUCUUUCUUUUUCAGAGGCCGCCUCACCUCUCCAGAUCCCUCAGUCUUACUCCUCCCUCCUUUCACCACUUUAAUCUUUGGUCCGUUUUCCCCUAUGAAAAUAUCAAAGGCUGAUCAUCAAGAAACCCCAAAUCUGACAAAAAUGAUGUUACCAAAAAAGACCGUGCAUUAAUAUUACUGAUCUAAGCUGCUGACGCACAUGUGAAACUACAGACCAAAGAUGCACCAGUUCUUCCCAUUUAAUUCAUGCUUGCAAAAAAGUACAACUAUAUUAGACAGACAAGGUAGGGAGGUUGGAAAGUACUCAAACAGCUAGUCAAGUUUUAGCUCUGACAGCAGGGGUAGAAAUCUAAAUUUCCUUUCUAAUUGACAGGUCUGAAAGUAAGAAACUAGUCAUCCAUCACUCCAGUUGAAUUACACAGCCUGUGAAAAACUUCAGAUCAAAAUCAAGACAAACCACGCCGUGCUGCUAGAUUUCAUCUGCUAUCUGUGCUUUUUAGAUCUGGGUAAAAAGGAAUAUAGUAUUAUAACGGCAGCCAGUAAUACUUUACAAUACAUGGCCACACUCUCAGUGGUGUCAUCCAUUUGUUUUAAAGCCUGUCAGUUGCCUCUUAUAUGUCAAACUUUUAACCUUCAUUUUUUUAUAAAACUGUAUUAUAAAGAAAUUUACACUGUGCAGUUUGUGUGUAUAGAGAAAUAAUCUAUUCAGUUUUAAACUGUUUUUAAAACCAGGCUGCAGAAGUUUUUAGUUUUGCUGUCAAAAUCAAUGAGUGUGUAUGUGGUUCUCAGUGCUUUUGCAGCCAACCUCUAGUGGACACUAAAAGAACUGCAGAUUUUAGCAUUUCAACGAAUUCACUCUUCAAGGUCUGGGUUUGUACUUAUAAAGUAAGACCAAACAUUGCACAGGUGAGUUUAAAAAGACUGAAUUUCAUCAUGAAUAAGUUUGUAUUAUCAAACAGUGUAUAAGAGCAAAAUUAACAAAACCACCAAUCAUUUUGAGCUGUUACGUCAGGCGUGUAAGUCUGUUUCCUGGUGUUCGUGGAUUGUGUUCGCAGCUGUAGACUACAGUAAACCCCUGAAAAGAAAACUUUGGCACAUGAGUCUGUUUGAAAAAGUGCAUAAGUGGGUUUUGAAUGAGCUCAUUGUCUCCACGCUCAUCAUCCAGAACAGUAUGUUCAAUUUAAACUUCAUAUGUUUAGAUACAGGCACUUAAACUAAGGAGUGGACUUCUCUGAAAGUGGGAGAAAAAAAGAUAAUGAAACCAUUUGCUGUUUGAAACGUUAACUUGAUCAAACUUCAAUAAUGUCAGGGUCGUACGGUCUUUCUCAUCUUUCUUUCUUUCAAGUUCUUCCUCACUUGUUACCAUCAGUUCAGCCUCCGUCUAUGAAUCAGCGAGCAUACCUAAAAACACCCACACAGACAUUAUUCAGACACUUUCCCACCCUCAGUCAGAGCGCUGUACAUGCUGCAUAAGUGUGUGUGUGUGGAUAUGUGUGUGUUUGUGUGCAGAGAGACCUUCAGAGAGUUAUGGAGAAAGGACCAGAAAAGUCUUUUUAUGCAGGAGCUUCACUGUAUGGAUAAGACUCUGCGUCACACACUGCUAUUCUUCCUUUCACCAAUGCAGGGAUGUAAUCUGAGUCACCGUCACCCUCAAAUACACAUGAACACUUUCUUUCUUUGUGUAUUUAAUUAAAUGGACACCCCUGGCUUUUUGCCUUGGUGUUAACCUCCCUGUUCAUUUUUAAGAAGCUCCUAAUAAAUCCACAUCACAGCGCUAAAGCCUCAGUCUUCAGUUUAUGUAGGUGUAAAUGGACCAUAAUGCAUAAUUGAUUUAAUUUAAUUUAAGUAGUACGAUUUUUUAUUUGCUUUAGGUAAAAUAAGCAAACACUUUUGACCUGCAAAUGAACAUAUUGUUAUUGACACCUCUGCAAGAACAUGAAUGUAGAGAGGAAAUAAUAGUGGUCCUAAAAUGAAACUUUGUGGUACUCCCCACUAUAUCCCAGCUCUGUCAGACUUCAUACAACAUAUCAAUCCCCUUUUUUCCUUUAGAUGUAUCCUUCUCAUCUUCUCCUUUGCCUCCUUUCCUAAUCCUCCCUGCACUUUGUUUUCUCUCACACCAGACAAGAGGAAGGAAGCGAGUGUCUGAGUGUGUGAACCUGCUUUCUUCCCCUUCUCUGCUCUUGUUUUCCUUCCUUUUCUGUUAGUCGGUGAGUCAAAGACGUGAGCGGGGGGCCCCUGAGUGUACACAGAGAAAGGAAAGGGCCCCUCUUAGCCUCUUCUAUGGUGACUAUAGACACUGAGACAGGCUGAAUGAGGCUUUUGAAGACCAGGGGCGAGUGGUGGAAAUGUCUCAGAGAUGAAAAGAGGGUUCAGUGUCAUUAGUCUGUAUAGACUCUUUCUUUCUCUUAUUGGUGAAUGUAUAAAUAGGUUGAAGUGAGAGGGGGUUUUGUGGGGUCAACUGAGGUUGAAAGCUGUGUGUUGAGUAUGGGAUCAGUCUUGGGUCUAUCAGUUUACAGGCUGGUGUGAAUCAACGUUUCCUGUCCGUCAGAGGUUACGACACUCUUAAAAACCAGAACGUGUGAUUCAAUGUGAUCCACCUGCUAAAAUGAUUCCACUGGGUGGACUGAAACUAAUUUUUGGACCUCUUUCUCUCUCUCUUUCUCUCUUUUUUAGGACCUCAUUGUGGACCAGACCAUAGAGAAGGUUUCUUUCUGUGCUCCAGAUCGAAACUAUGACAAGGCCUUCUCCUACAUCUGCAGAGAUGGUACUACCAGGCGGUGGAUGUGCCACUGCUUCAUGGCCCUCAAAGACUCGGUGAGGGGGCAAUUAACCUUCUUCUACCUUCAGGGAUUUUCUUUACGCAAAUAGUCCAAGACAGGAUGUCUUGUUCCUCUACCCCCUAUAGCUUCUUAAACUUAGUGAGAUCCGCUUUAAUGGAUUCUGUCGCCAGAAGUUUGUCCAUCCUCACCACAGCUCAUUUCUCUACGACAUCUCUACAACCACAGAGGACAGUAUCACAGUAGUCCCCCACAAUCAGUUUCCACUUAUUUAGCAGUGCUGCAGUUUCAUCUGCAGGUCUAUGCUGAUUCCCACACCUCUGCUGCUUCUUGUGGUGUGGUUGCAGGUGGUCACUCAAACUCAAAGUACUUUUGACUCCUCAGCUGAGCAGUGUGGUUGCUCUAAAGCUUUAAAUGUUUGUUUUAAUAACUUUUUUCAAUCACUGCAACUUCAAUUUGGCCAACAAUCUUCCUGUUUCAUGUCAGCACUGCACUGAUAAAUAAAGGCAGCAAUCACUACAUUCCUAAAUUAAGAUUCAAGUUAUCCAGCAGAAACCCCUGUGUUAUUUUGCUUUGCUUUUUAAAAGGCCUAUAACUCAACUCUUAAUCAUCGAUUUAUAUAAUCGAGGCAUUUUCCAAAGGCAGUAAUUUAUGUUAUAAAACGGGUUCUUGUAUGUUUGUGUUAGGUCUGUGAUUGUUAUAGUUGGGGUGAUUUCUAACCUCUGAGGUUUCCUGUUUAAAUGACCUUGAGGUUGUAAUUUGAAACCAAGUACAUCAGAAGCCGAAGCCAUCCUGGAGCUCUGUGGUUUCAACACAACGGUGUUUCAUCAGCUUAGACCGAGAGUCGGAUUAUUAAUGUGGUAGGAAGCGAGCGUAGCACAGACCUGUGGGAUUAGGAAAGGGGAUUAGACAGAAGCCUGCAGUUAUCUGUCCAUCUCUGUCGGUCUCUAUUUCCAUCUCACUCUCCAUAUUUAUAUGUGCUCAUCAUAAACCAAUGUGGAGGUUUUUACCAGGGAGGGUUAAACUGCAAACAGCAGGUUGAAAAUAAUUGCGUGUAAUGCCAGAGAGCAAAAACUCAGAUGACAAUUUAGAAGACUAAAAAUUGAAAACCGCACCCUGAUCUACUUUUGCUGCAAUGUCUAUGAAUCUUAAGUAUCAAGUUGCCAUAUAACAGACAAGUCAUUUAAAGUGGUGCCUCUAAAGUAUGAAUUGUUUUUCCCUCCACUAGGGAGAGAGGCUGAGCCAUGCUGUCGGGUGUGCAUUUGCUGCCUGUCUGGAGAGGAAGCAGCGCAGAGAGAAAGAAUGCGGUGUGACGGCGUCCUUCGACACCAUUCGCACCCUGUUUGUGCGCGAUGGGUCAUUCCGUGCUAACUCCUCCAGCAGCGAUGACAAAGUCCAGGACAAGAAAAAAGGUACUUUAAAAAGUUUGUACUCAAGAUGUGCACACUGGUUUAAAUGCAUUAGCUGAGCUGUGAGCUGCCUCCAAGAUCAGCUGAUGUACUCAGGCCUGUUAGAAGUAAAACUGCACUCAAUUUUUACUCAGAUGAAACAAAAAAAGAUCAAAUUAGAUCUUGUUUAUUAAGAGAAUGUUUGUUGAGUUCAGAAAUGACUUGACAAACAUGCUCAUUUUUCCAUCUGGUUGCAUACAGUGCAUCUGAAAAGUAUUCAUACCACUUCACUUUUUCCACAUUUUGUUAUGUUACAGCCUUAUUCCAAAAUUGAUUAAAUUCCCUUUUUCCCUCAAAAAUUCUACUCAAAAUACCCCAUAAUGACAAAUCAAAAAACUUUUUUUUAGAACAUUUUGCAAAUUUAUUAAAAAUAAGACACUCAAAUGUUGCAUAUACAUAAGUAUUUACACCCUUUACUCAAUACUUGGUUGAAGCACGUUUGGCAGCGAUUACAGCCUCCGGUCUCCUUGUGUAUGAUGCAACAAGCUUGGCACACCUGGAUUUGGGGAGUUUUUCCCAUUCUUCCUUGUACAUCCUCUCAAGCUCAGUGAGGUUGGAUGGGCAGUGUCGGUGCACAGCUACUUUCAGGUCUUUCCAAAGAUGUUCAAUCGGGUUCAAGUCUGGGCUCUGGCUGGGCCAUUCAAGGACAUUCAAAGACUUGUCCUGAAGUCACUCCUUUGUCUUCUUGGCAGUGUGCUUAAGGUCAAUGUCAUGCUGGAAGAUGAAGCGUUGCCCCAGUCGAAGGUCUCUGUAGGGUUCUCCUAUCUCCUCAGAGGAACGCUGGAGCUCUGUCAGAGUGACCAUCUGGUUCUUGGUCACCUCCCUGAUCAAGGCCCUUCUCCCCUUGCUCAUUUUGGCUGGGUCUAGGAGGAGUCCUGGUGGUUCCAAACGUCUUCCAUUUCUUAAUGAUAGAGACCACAGUGCUUUUUGGGAUCUUCAAUGCAGCAGGUAUUUUUCUGUAACCUUCCCCAGAUCUGUGCACUGAUACAACCCUGUUUCGGAGGUCUACAGACAGUUCUUUUGACUUCAUGGCUUGGUUUGUGCUCUGACGUGCUCUGUCAGCUGUGGGAUCUUAGAUAGACAGGUGUGGCUUUCCAAAUCAUGUCCAAUCAGCUGAAUUUGCCACAGGUGGACUGCAAUCCAGUUGGAGGAGCAUUUCAAGGCUGAUCAGUGGAAACAGGAUGCACCUGAGCUCAAUUUUGAGUUUUAUAGCAAAGGGGGUGAAUACUUAUGUAUAUGCAACAUUUGAGUGUCUUAUUUUUGAUAAACAAAAUGUUCUAAAAAAAAGUUUUGUCAUUAAGUGGUAUGAAUACUUUCUGGAUGCACUGUAUAACUGGAUUUUCUUUUACAUUUCGUCGAGUCUCCCCCUGCUGGUCAUCAGAGUUAAUGCAGGUUUCAGAAAUUUCUCUAUCGGCUUCACUUUUGGAACUACAAAUCGCUGGAUAUUGUAAUGACUGUAAAUCCCAUUUCAUCCUCAGACCAAUCCUCUGCCAUCCCAGCCCUCCCACCCGGCACUGCCUCUCCCCCUGAGGGUUCUGCGUCCCCCAUGGAGCGGACAGCACCUGGCGGGCCACACGCUAUCCCACGCCGCCAUGCGCCCAUCGAGCAGCUGGUACGCCAGGGCUCUUUCAGGGGGUUUCCUGCCCUUAGCCAGAAGAACUCUCCCUUCAAGAGGCAGCUUUCACUCCGCCUCAAUGACCUGCCGUCCACGCUGCAGCGCAAAACAGACUUCCAGACCAAGAACCCUGGUGAGUUUAAUAAAGCUCUCCACAAUUUACAAGAGGCAGUUUCCAAUAUCAUAUUCAUCCCUCACAGGUUAACACCUGGAUGCACACACAUAGACACACCCACUCUAAAUGGUUCCACAGGAUGUGAGUGCUCCAGUGGGAGGCUGAUUAAAGUCAUUAAGAGGGAUGAGAGAGUUGACUAGAUAAUGAAUCCUCCCACACUCACUUCAUUUCUCUUAUUUACUACAUCCAUACCAGUCCUGUUUUUCCCAUGAUGCUCAGUGUGUGCCCUCAUUGGUGGUGAAUCCAAGCCAGGCUGAAUCCUCAAACACAAUGUCUCCUCUUUACUCCUCGAGAUCACACACACAUAGACAGGGAUGCACACACUUAGCAGCAGCAGCCAAUUCCACUACCUCCCUGCUCCCUUGUGACUCCCUGUGAACAAUGUGUGUAUUGAUUUGUGCGGUCAAUCAUCCGUCCUGGUUAGCCUUCAGUGAGCCUUCUGCCUGCCCUUGAACCUGCCGCUGAAUUGGAAGGAGAACACACAUGCACACACACACAUGUGAGACAUAUGGGACAUGGACUAGUCCGGGGAAUGAGGGGGAACAUAGGGUCGGUCUCUGCAGAACAGAGCACAGAGAUGUGUGUUUAAUGGGAAACCUUGAACAAGUCUGCAGCUCUCUGCUUAUAACUGGGCCUGGAGACUCUGAUGCACAGAGAUCAGACAUGGUUUCAUGUUCUUACCGACCAUUCUUUAAGGUCACUAGCAUUUAUUUCUUUGUAAAUACAUGCAAAAAUGUCAAAAUGGAAACCUAUGAGCUUUUAUUUUCAUAGAACUCUUCUACGACUGCACCAUGUUGGCAAAAAACAAUACUGGUGCAGUCCUUCAGCUGGUUUUACUGGGAUAUGGAAAAUACAGAAUUUCACAGGAGGAUGCAGUGCAUUAUAUAAACAUAUACACAUAAAAAUGUCAAUAAUUUAAUCGAAAUCACUGUUAUUGGGAUCACCAAUCUCCGGUUUAGCAUAUUUCAUCUUGGCCUGUUUGCUUUGCAAUGACUAAGCCUGGACCUUUUUCAUUUUAAUAAGAACUUUUCUUUAAUCACAACAUCAUGUUUGCUGUGAGGACUUCUGUUUUGAUGCUUUUGAGGCCAAAAGAGGAGGACAUCAAAGUCUUCAUCUGCUCCAUUUUUACAGUUUUGAUGCAAACUGGGUCUGUUACACAAACUAAUGAAUAUUUUUCUCCCUGUUUUGGUUUGCUUCUCUUUUCUUUCUUUAAUUUUCUCUUUUCAUUACUUCCCCCCACUCUGCCUCCCUUCCCCCCGGUGACCCCCUUUCUUGCUCUCGCAGAGAUGGAUAUGGGUUUGCCAGGCGAAGGAGACGGCUGCAUCAACGCCCUGUGCGGUCAGAUGAACUCCUCCCUCACUAAGCCAUCAGACGAGCUUUUCUCCAACCCCCCAAUGUCUGCCAAUGGUCCUCCAACUUGUACUGUGCCCCCCAUCCUGCCUCCACCUCCCGCACCUCUGCAGGGUAAGAAACCUUCAUCCAUCAAUACUGGGUUUGAUUUUAUUCCUAAAGACCAAACUAUAUUUGUACUAAAGCUUUAACUUCAACUUUUCAUCCUUCCAGCCACCUCUACCUGGGUGCAACCUGAGACUUCCCUCAACUCUCCCCCUCCCGUUUCCGUGGCGAUGCAGAUGCAAAUGCAAAGUGGACACAGGCGCACACCCUCUGAGGCAGAGCGAUGGCUGGAGGAGGUCUCCAAGGCUGUUAAAGCCCAACAGACCCCUCCUCCAGGCCCCACUAUCCCCACCAUCCCUGGACCUCCUUCUGCCUCCAACCAGCAGAUGUCCACUCAGGCAGCCGCUGUGCCUGCUGUCCCUCUGUCCCUCGGUACCAUGUCCAAACCUCUCAUCUCAGGCCCUUCUGCUCUCCCAGCUCAGGUCCAGAUGCCCCUCCAACCCAUCUCAAUAUCAUCAGUCCCCCUAAUACCAGGCCCUCCAGUUACAGGACCCCCAAUGUCUCUGCCCUCAAUGUCCAUUCCCACCAUGUCUGGUCCAAGUAUGACUGGAGCGCCCAUGAUGCAGCCCCCCAUCCCUCAGUGCUCCCUACCCAGCUCCAUGCAGGCCUUCCCCCUGGCUUUUGAUGCAACUCCAGCUCCUAUAGGGAUGUUCGCCAGUCAGCCAGUCCAGCCGGUCCAGCCCGUUCAGCCAGCCUUUGUGCCAAUGCAGACGUACAUGCCAGGCCUGGCCAGCAGCAUGACCUAUCCCAAUGCCAGCGUGCCUGUGGUUGGCAUCACACCAUCUCAAAUGGUGGCUAACGUCUUCUGCACCGCUACAGGCUCGUCUGGCGCUGGGGGCACCAUGGGUUCGGCAGUGGGCGGACCGAAAGUGGGGGCUCUUGGAUCAGUUGGGGCGCAUCAUUCUUACCCAGGACCAGCGAGUGUAGUUGGGGACACUGGAGGGUUUUCCACUCCACCGCUAUCAACAACAAUAAACGGCCUCCCUCCUCAAAGUAGCAUGAUGGACCUGCAGAACGGGACCCCCGGUAGCAGUAGCAGCUGGCCUCCAGAGGGCAGCCAGCUAACUGCUCCAGCACCUGCUGUUUCACAAGACGAUGACCGCUUUGAGGCCAAGUGGGCGGCACUGGAGGCCAAACCGGCGCCUCAGCAGCCUGGCAGCGUGGCGCCAGCUGCAGCCGCCAACCCGUUUUCCAACAAUCUUCAAACGUCUUUUGAGAUUGAGCCAGAGUUGUCCUCCCAAAGCUGUAGCUCGAGCACUGGAAUUAAAGCCUGAGGGGGUCUGGCGCUGAAUCCAGCAUCUCUGCUCAGUCAGAAGAGGAUGCAAGUCCUUAAAGUUGGCCUCGCAUCUGACCUGUAGCAGCCUAGCACCGCACUAAAAGCCCUCAUAGGAGUGGAUCUGUUAUGAUCUUGAUUGCUUUCUUUGCACUCCCUUGAGAGUUUUGGGAGAUUGCUUGGCUGCCACUGGAAAAUCAGACUUCAGGUUGACUGGACUUGAUGGGCUGCAUCCUUUCACUCCACCUGCUAACCACAUCUCCUCCCUGCUUUCACUUCUUCAGUCUUCUGGCUCUGCUUUCCCUGCAGGGAGUCCCUGAAUGUGCUGUCUUAGCCCCCUAAAGCUAAUGUGGGGGGCACAGCUCAGUGGUUUCUUUCUUUGUAAGGGGGCUCCACAGAGAUGGACUCCAAACCAUGUAUGAGAUGUUUAACAUCUAGUGGACACUUAGGAGAAGAGUUUCAUCUCCAUCACAAGAUGUGCAGAGAGGCAGUUUGUUCACAGAUGAUCAGAGUAAUGCUGAUUUUAGCCGAGCACAGCGAACGUUAGGAUGCCUGGAAGGACUUGCCAGCGAUGUUAGACCCUGCGCUACGAACCCAAAAGGACUUACUGACUAACAGUAGAGAUUUAUGGCCAAAAUGAUUUUAUUUAUUGUAUUUUUUUCAACAAAUUAUUCGCAAAUCUUUACAGCAGCGUUCCAGGAGCUAUAUUUAUUAAGUUGCACCACACAAAGGAGGGAAACUACAGGUAGCAAACAGGUAUCAGGGCAGCAGAGAGUCAUGCAUCAGGAACCAAGUAGCAGCAGUAAGUACAGCAGAGUGUAGUGCCACAUGCAACACCGUAGUGUAAAUAGCAGCAUGUUUCUCCGACCCGUAUAAACGCUUCUCUGCUAGUGCAGCCGGUUUGGCUUCACUUUGGCUCUGUGCCCUAUUUCUGUUUCAACAGCAGAACAUGAAGGGUUACUGGGACAUGAAAAAUCACUUCAGGAUAUACAGCACUCAGACACUCCGGACAAUACAGCACAGCAGUCCAACAGGACGUCAUCUGCUCCCAGAACAUCCAAGGAAUGUUAAAACUCAGUGGAAACGAACAGAAAAUAUCUUCAACACUGUGCAACUGCUUGAAAAAAUGAUGCACAAGAUUCUUACGCUCAUAAAUACUUUAAUAUGUUCAAACACAGGGUAUAGUCUACAUGUACGAUAUGAUUUAUGUGUACUGCUGCAGCAGUCCUGCACUCAUUACAGAUGUAAAGUGUUCACUCGAGGUGAUAAGAGAAGAGGAACAUGAGCAGCACAGACUGAAUUUGUUCUUUAAUUUUUAUGCCGAUUUAUGAAGGGAACUGAGUCAACUUGUGGAAAAGUAAAGAGCUAAAGAGGAAACAAAAAGGGACUAACUGUAUGUGACAGGCUGAAGAGGGGAAAGGAGAUAUGCCUUAAAAAGAGACGGAGGAAGUCUGAAGAAAGAGAAACAGGAAAAUGAUUUGAUAACAGAGAAAUGAGACUCAAUCCAAUCCUUUAAUAAAAAAUCACUUUAUUACAGAAGCAUUUUGCAUUCACUCAAGACACCUCUGUUUGUGUGAAUUAAAGAGAUACUGGUCCUUCAAAACCCUAAUGAGGUUUAGGGAUAAUGUGACAUAGACAAUUACACAUACUGUAGGUAUACAACAGAAAUUAAGCCCAGUUAAGAGCCGGACUAAAAGAGCCGGUCUUGGGAGUGUCAGAUCUUUGUUCUUCGGCUCCUCACAGAAAGACGCUCAGGCCUGAGUGGGGUUGUGAUGCUCUGUGGACGUCUUCGUCUCUGAGCCUCUGCUGCUGCUGUGAGGGUUCCUCUAUCUGCAGCUGCAUCUUAACAAUGGCGGCUUUGUUUACAGCCAGGCUCACUCAUCGUCCUGCUCGGACCCUGAUCUCGUAGACACGGGUCUGUUGAGAUUGGACCUUGUUGUGCAGCCUCAUUAAAUCAUUGGUGAAGAUUGUUAAUCCCAGUUCAGGGAGCUUGUUUAACGUUAAGAGGUCUCUCAUUUCUCAGUCCCAUGAGGAGUGUGUGAUAGUUCAAGCUGACCAAAAGGCGACACGGAGACAUGUUCCUAAUAUUUCUGAAAUAAUCAUCUUAUUCAUACAAUAAGGAAGUUAUUUAUUCUUACACGGAUGCAUCAGGCCUCUGUAUCUUAACUUCCUUUUUGCACUCUCCUGUGUCAUGCUCCUCAGCUCUUAAAGCCUCACCAACGUUGGAUCAUGUUUUUUUUUAAAUGCUUUUCUUUUAUAGCUGCAGUCUCAUGGAUUAGUCUCAUGAGUUUUUUUUCUAAGUAUGUGCAACUUCAAGUUCACUGAAAAGUCCUCAAAGCUUUCUGUAUCCAAACUCAGUUUCUACAAAGAGUCAGCAAACAAAAGGUUGAUUUAAAAACAAGUUAAAGUAUACACUUUCUCUCAAGAAGGGCUCUUUCUCCUCUGAUUCAAUGUAUUCUCUCUGAAAACUCAAACCUGACCAGAGAUGCUCUUGUUUUGUUUCUUAACAAAUGCAUUGUAUGAAUUUGAACUGCUCAUCAACUCUCCACAGUUUAAUUAGCUUAUUGCGGAGUCACUUCCUGCAGCAGUGGGCCAUCUGAUUGGCUGCCUCUCAGAGAGCUGUCCCGUCUCUGGUCAUAUCAGGGUUUGUUUUUUUGUUUUUUAAAUGAAUCAAAUUUUCCUCAAAUCCAAAAAAAAAAAGAAAAAAGAAAAAGGAAAAACAAACAAACCUCUAAUUCCCUCCUCUUUCUACGAGUCAAGACUGAUCCACUCCUGAAAUUACUGCUUAAUUUCUAUUUUUUUAAGUAUAUUCUAGUCCUGGACUCUUGUUUGCAAGCCCUUCAAAUGGUUAAUGUAGGUUAAAUGUGUUCCACCACGUUAAAGCAAACUAAAUGACCUCGUAAACUUGAUUGUAAAAGCAGUUUAGUGAUGGUAACAAAGCAAACCAGUGGGAUUUAUUUUUAAUCUUUAUUUACAGAAGUUUUGUAUUUAAACCUACAUAUUUGUAUUGUAAUUACAUUGUACAAAAGAUAAAUAAAGUAAUAUAAUAUUACACAUGCUGAUGUUUGGGAGUGGUGGUUAAUCGACCAGUUCUUCAUUAUUUCUUGUAUUUAUCAUCAGUUUUUUAUGACCUUUCCUUCUUUCACUCCAUCUCUGUGUUUUUACUGAUUUCAUUUUUGCUCCUUCAUAUGUCAGCUACUCUCCCUUUUAUUGAUCCUACUCCCCUUACUCCUUCUUCUUGUUUUCAUGGGUUUCAUGGAGCUACAGAGUGAGUAUAAUACAAACCUUUGAAACAAGUCAAAGCUGCCAAAAAUAGAGAGAACCGGAGGGGUUCCUCUAAUAAAACCAGUCACUACAUUAUUAAAAUGCAAGACAAAUUAUCUGAAUCCGAGCCAUGAGAGAAGACAUAUGCUCUUCUUAGAUAUUUAACCUCCAAUUACCAGCAACGAAUCACCAAAACACCAACCA